AUGGGCGCCGCCAUGUCCACGACCUCAAGCACUGCAGCUAAGCCAAACUACCCAGAAGUCUCUGUUCUAACAUCCCGACUCCUCCCACCCCUGGCAUUCACGCUAAGCCGAGUCACCACAACGAUGCUGACGGCGCCAUCUUUGAUUGGGGCAACCGGCACAACUCUAAUGUCACAACGCCGCUUCCAUCUAAAUACACCUAUUGUCAAUCCUUAUAGCUCUCCGUACACGGCAAGGAUGGAAAAGCACAUAAUGCAAACACGUUACGGGAGCGCUGUGGGCACAGGCAGACCCACUGCCCGUGAGCAAGAUGGCGGGCUAGGCACAGGGAACUUCCGGCGCUUAGACGGAAGCGGAAGUAUUGAGUGGGAGGAGCGGAAUGUAUGGUGGGAAAGAGCCGGUUAAGGGUGAGUGUGGAUCAAGGAAUACUAACAGAGUCAUUAUUGCUGCCUGGCUGGGGGUUAUGGCUGGGAAGGCGUGUCUGUGGUCCAUAUCAGAGUAUUACAGCACAGCCCUCCCAGGGUGCACCUUGCUCAGCAUGGCACUGACAGACUGGCUGCUCUGUAUUGACAUACUCUCAGUAUACCGGAUACUGCUACCAGCACAGAGGGAAGAGAACAAUACCUAUUUGGGGGAGAGCAAUACUGGGGAGAACAGAGAGAGAGAACAAUGGCACAGAGAGAACAACAAUACACUGAGAGAGAGAACAAUGCACAGGGAAGAGAACAAUGCUGGGGGAGAGAACAAUGCUGGGGGGGGAGAGAGAACAAUAUGCUGGGGAGGGGAGAGGUAAUACUGGGAGAGAACACUGGGGAGAGAGAGAACAAUGCUGGGAGAGAGAGAGCAAUGCCUGGGGAGAGAGGCUAAUGCUGGGGGGAGAGAACAAUACUACUGGGGUGGGGAGAAAAUACAGAGGGAGGAGGGAGAAGAAACAAUGCCUGCUGGGGAGAGAAGAGCACAAUGUCUGCUGGGGGGGAGAGAACAAGAGAGAGAGCAAUAUCUACUGGGGUGGGAGAGAGAACAAUGGCUGGGGGGGGGAGAACAAUACACAGAGAGAAGAGAACAAUGUCUGCACUGGGGAGAGAGAGAGAACAAUAUGCAGAGAGAGCAAUACUAGAGAACAAUAUCUGCUAGAGAGAGCAAUACUAGGGUGGGGAGAGAACAAUGCACUGGGGAGGGAGGGGAGAACAAUACCUGGGGGAGGAGAGGAGAGAACAAUACAGGAGGAGAGGAGAGAGAACAAUACAGAGAGAACAAUACCUGCUUAGGGGAGAACAAUGCCUGCGCACUGGGGGUGGAGGCACAUGCCUGCUGGGGGUGGAAGAACAAUACAGAGGAGAAAGAAACAAUACACACAGAGAGAAGAGAACAAUACCUAGAGAGAACAAUACAGAGAGAGAACAAUACUAGAGAAAUGCCACUGAGAGAGGGAGAACAAUGCAGAGAACAAUGCCUGGGGAGAGAACAAUGCCACUAGAGAGAGAGAACAAUGCCUGCUGGGGGGGUCAAUGCCUGCUGAAGGGGACCAAUGCCUGGGCUCCCCCUGCAACAUCACAUAUGGGAAAGCAGUGAAACAUGUAACCUGCAGGGCUGUGUGGGUGAUUACAUGGUUUUUGUUUCGAUUUUCUGUAGAUAUUUUUGUGACUAUGGUUGGGCUGUCACCUAUGUGUGUGGCUGGUUGGGUUGCAAUAUGGACUAUGUUUCCACAUGACUUGUCUAUGGUGUAGGGCUGUACAUGCUGUACUGCAUGAGUGCUGUCAGAAAAGGGAUGUCUAUAUGAGUAAAGGAACACAAUAGGCAGAAAGUGACACCCCAUUAUUCAAUAAGUCAUAUAGGUAACCCAUUAAAAAAAAAAGUGAAUAAAGUAAAACCAUAAAAGAUUAAAGGAAAACUAUAGCAUUAAGAAUGCAAACGUGUUCAUAACAUAUUUAAAUUAAGGACCGCCCCCUUUCUCCUUUUUACCUGUAAAACAAAGGAUCAAAGGACGUCAUCCCGGAGGCAUUGCUUCCAAAAUAAUGGUGCAAUUCAAUGCUAAUCUGAGGAACAUUGGGGACUAGAUGUGUGUGUGCCUCCAAAUAAAUGCUUCUCAUUGGGAAGCAUUAGAUCCAGUGCUUCCCUAUGAGCUGCAUCUGAUGACGUUCAACUUACUCAUGGACAUAGGAUGACACAUGACCAGUGAAAUAUGGUCGUUGCAGUGCAAGUUCCUCUGGUGGCUGUCCGAAAGACAGCCAAUAAAAGCGUGUUUAACUCAUCAAUCAAAGCGUUGCCAUAUCUAUUGAAUUGCAAUGUUUUAGAUUAAAGGGCUAAACUUUAAAAGCCAUGCCUUUGAAAUAAAGUAAUCUAGGCACAAAAUAGCCUAAAACAAUACCAUAUGCACAUGCACAUGCAAAAGCUAAGGGGCUCCUCCAGGACCAGGAAGAGGCUGUAUCAAUCAUUUCAUUAUCUUGUAAACCUAUACCUAGCGGGCCUUUCUGGGAUGUGUAGUUUAUCCCCAGCUUCUGUUCCUACAUGGGAUGAGUGGAAAUGUCCAAUAAGCUCAUGUAAGCUAUUGGCUAUCUUCUAUCAUGGGUUUUUGAAUUGAGCUGUGUGUAGUAAUAUGCAAAGCAACAGUUCUGGAUUUCUCCAAGGUGUGUGAGAGAUGUGCAGGAUCAUUCAAAAUGGCAAAAGACCUAGCAAAAAAAACCCUUCUUUGUAUAAUCUGUGAGCCAGGUUAACAGGUUUAGAAUAUAUGCUUUUCUUAAUAAAGUGUACAUGUUGUGAUACACACAAGAUGUUAUGACAGAUUCACUUCCCUUACCUCUGGGUUGACAUCCUUGCUGAAUCAAGCUAGUCCCACAGACACACAAUAAUACACUUCCCUAUGUGGAUUAUGAGGUAGCACAGGAUGUCACCAUUAGGGAAAUAUUCCUAAAUACAAUCUGUUUAUGCUGUGAAUGGAUGUGCAUUAUGAUAUCAGUGUUAAAAUAACAUUUCUAAAGGGCAAUUUGCCUUUUAAUUCAUGGAUUAUUUCACUAAGGGGAACCCUAUAAAUGUUAUCUCAGCUCAGUAUCUUUUCCAUAAAGUUUUGUGUUGAAGAAAUACGAUUUGCAUCAAUAAGCAUGUCUGCAUAUUUGCUAGAGUCCUGUGAUUGUAUAAACCACUAGACUAUAUUGUCAGUGAAGCAUAUAGUGUUAUAUUUCCAGGUUGUCAGUAUAUAGAUGCUAACUCAAGAUCAUUUUCCAUCAACAUACCAUAUCCCAUCAUAAUUAUAGAGUAUAAUUAAAGUGUUUUACCUACUCAGCAUUAAUUUGCACUAAAUAAUAUUUAUUCUUUCACUUUCUGUUUGUGGAUUUGUAUAUACAUACACAUGUUGAGACAUCAUGUUUGUAACUCUAUAUUCAAUUAUAAAGUGUUGCUGCUCUAAGACAAUGUGUUUGCUAAGUAUUAUUUGAAUAUAUAAAAUAUACCAUUACAACCUUAAUAAACAAAGGGCAUUAUAACAAUACAAAGUCAUCAAAAGUCAUCAGCUAAACUAGUAUAUUAUAAGUGCAUGCAAUAAAAAAAAACUAUAGAAAUAUAACCUCAGCCGUGGUGAUUUAUGAGCCGUUAUGUAGAAUGUGGAACGUUUGAAUAAGAUGAACAAUUGUAAGUAUUACAGAGGAUCCACACUGGUGAAGACAAUGUACAAUUAUGUGUUAUUACCACAAACCUACAGACUUUUAGGCCAAUCUUACUAUGCUUGACUUAUCAGGAAUAAUAAGAUGCAAGUUGGCUUCUCUUCCCAGCAUACUAUUGGAAUACACUCAUUAAAGUAACCAACCUUGCUGACACAGAUAACACUAAAGUCUGUUUCCUGCUACUCUCCUUCCUGUCUUUUUUGCUAUUUGCACAGUUAUGUAAACUACUUAUACAAACUCCUGUCUCUGUUGACGCCUGUGCAGUCAUUCUGUUGCACCUGCUUGCCUUUAGUAUUACAUUGUCUUCUACCCCAAGGUUUGAUUUCCCAUCUCAAUCUUUUCAUCUUCUUCCAUGAAACUAAGUAUUCUUUGUUGUUCUUUGUUAUUAACGACGCAAUGAUCUACCUUUCCUCUGCCGAUCUAUCACGCUUUUCAAUAACGUUUAAGGUUAAUAACUGGAAUCCAAAGGGCCCUGUGUCUUCCGGACAGCCACUAGAGGCGCAUCUGCGACGCUGGAGGCGAAUUUCGCCUCCAUUGCACAGAGCUUCCAUAGAAAAGCAUUGAGAAAUGCUCUCCUAUGGACACUUUGAAUGCGCGUGCGCCACUUGCCGCUUAUGCGCAUUCGGCUCCAGUGCCGUCGGGAUGGGGGAGCUGACGUCGGACGGGGAGGAGAGGUCACCAACGCUGAGAGAGCCUGGUUCUGGAUUAAGGUUUUAACCCCUUCAGUGCCACUGGAGGGGGACCCUGAGGGGGCAGUGCCAGUAAAAUGGAUGUGUUUUCCUUGCACUGGAUAGUCCCUUUAAGAACCCUUAAUACUGCAAACGUUCAUUAUGUGGUGGCUGUGACCUAAAAAAGUAUGAAUAAAACAACAAACAAACAAAAAACGAUUAUACACUAGACCAGGGGUAGCCAACCUUCAGCAUGUUUUGGACUACAUUGAGCAUAAAGCUCUUACAACCAUAAUGCUAGCAAAGCAUCAUGGGAGGUGUAGUCCACAACAUGUGGUGUGCCAAAGGUUGCCUACCCCUGCGAUAGACUGUAUGCUGUAAAUAUCUAUACGGGGGGUGCUUGAACAUGCCACUGUCCACUCCAUCCCCAAUUACUGGCAUGGCCCACCCCCCCUGUGGAAGGUAGUCCAGACCACCCCCAUUAAACAAAUCCUACUUACCCCCAUCUUAAUGUUAGUGAUGAUAAUAAACUAAUACCUUAGAAAGUAUAAUUAUUAUUAUUAUUUUUUUUAUCAGAAAAUCUCUUUCUUGUAAAUAUUCUUAUCUUCAGCCACACAAAAAGGGCAAAUUAAAAUCCAUAAUAUGUAAUGCAAAAUAAUAGCAAAAAGAAAACCCAAUUUGCAAAAAAAAUUAAAAUCCUGUUGGAAAAAUUAAAAUUAAAAAAGUCAAUUUUUUUCCGUGCUACCGCUCCACGCAGAAUGAUGCUUCAGGGUGGACGAAGCCAUUAUAAAUCAUUUCCAUGCUUUUAAUUCUCAGAGCACUCUGAUUGGUUGCUUGUAAACCAGUCAAUCAGAGCACUCUGACAGGCAGGUCCUAUUUCUCUCUUGACACUCCAUGGGAAUAGUGAGGUUGGUGGGGACAUAGGAGGGUUUACAACCUCCCUUAUGGUAUUAUCGGGGUCUUAUUUGCCAGCGAGCAAAUAGUACUUCAGAUUGUCAUUCACAUAAUUUGGAAACAAUUUGGUUUCCGCAUUGUGUUAAAACCAGUGCUUUGUGAUUUUUCUGAAUCCUAUCCUUUGAAAUUCCAAAACAGUCUAUAUGAGCACUUCAUCUUUAUGAAAUGCUCUAAUGCUGUUUUGUGACAGAGCCCAUUUAAAAUAUCCUUUUAGUCUCUUCCCCCCCUCUUGUUAGGUAGCAGUCUCUGUACUGACAUCAUGUCCGUGCAAUGUUUAUUGAGCAGAUCUGAGCGUCGGGCACAGUUAUGAAGAACUUAAUGGAAACAUUUAUAAAGGGUCUAUAUAACUAAAAACUGAGAAUGGAAGACGUGGACAGUGCAGCAUUCUAUCAAAAUACACGUGCUGCGUGGCAGUGUAGUGAUAAGGGACUAGUUCGCACAUAUACACUACACACAGAUACACGCAAGCAUUCAUAGACCAUCCAUGCAACCAGUACAUUCUCACAUACAUAUACACAAUGACACUCCACACAUACUUACUGUUGGAUUAAAGAAACCCUAGCCGUACAGUAGCCCUAACCCUAAUUUAAUACAAAUAAAAUGCUCAAUAUGAAAGAUGCAUAACGCUAUGUAUAUUGGUGGUAAGUAAUGCCUUCUUGGGAUUCAGGAGACAUAAAGCACUUUAUCUUUAGCCUUAUUGUUUAUUAUCCAUAAACCCUGGAUAACAUUUUAACAGUUGUAUUAUCAACCAUAUAGUUUUUAUAGAGUCUGUAACUUUAAUGAUAGUUUAUAAUAGGAUCACUCUGUCUGCAAAUCUUCACUAUUUCACAUUUUUUUAGUUUUUUUUUUAAAGGAAAUGUACUAGAUGCACAUAUUACAUAUAUUUUAUUCCAUAAAUAAAAUAGAUAAUCUUUACAAUUUAAAUAAAAGUAUGUGUUUUGUUAAUCUGUCAGGGUUUGUUUUUUAUUUAUCAUACAAGCACAGUGAGCCAAACAAUACAUAAUGAUGCCACAUGGUAAUAUCAUUCUUUAUUUCCUACAGAAAUGGCACAUACGACGUUGACAGUUACAGUUCUCUGUUGCUUGUUCCUGUAUUGCUCCGCCAUAACUGCAGAUUCAAAGGCAGUGACAACAUCGCUUACCACGAAAUGGCCUUCUACGUCAUUGUUACUAGAAGCCAGGUAGGUUGGUCUUACCUGCAUGUCAUUAUAUUGUAAUCACAGUAUAACAGAAGUACACUGACUAUAGAAUUUAGUGUUUGUUAAUUUGUUUUAUUAGUGGGGCAGUGUGGGUACCAUAACCACGUUUGUGUACUAUAGUGGUUUUGGUACUAGGAGUCACAUGGCAUUACAUUUUAACAGUAGUUAAAAUGUUUCCUUACAGUUUAAAAUCAUCGUGGAACCCCUGGGUGCCUCUGUUUCAACCUCCUCUUUGGAUAUCACUAAAGCAGACCAAUCCCUACCUCUGCAUUGGUGAUGUCAAUUCUGUUUGGAUGGAAUUCGUUGGCAGAGCUUGUGCUCUCAGUGAAUGAAUUUUAUCCAAACAUAGUUGAAAUUGAUAUAUCUAUUGUGCAAGGGGAACUUCUCCUUUAGAAAUAUUACAAAUGGAGCUUAACUCUAUGCAGUCGGUGGACCCAGGUCAGUGUUAAGCCAUAUAAUAAUGGUCUGACCACAUGCUGAGAGACAGCGCUGGGAGAGCCAUUUUAAUAUUCUCUUCUAUUGUACAUAUUAAAAUUUAAGAGGAAAAUAUUGUAAUCAUUUGCAGAUUUUAAUCAUAAGAGUUUUUUUUUAUUUAUUUUGAAUACCUAGUCAUGUCUUGCAUUUGGCCUGUGCUGUUUUCCCCCCAAACUUUCCCCACUUAAAAAAGCUUGCAAGAUACUACUUGAACCACAAGUUCCAUUACUUUGCUCCAUGAUCUCUGUCCUGAUGGUCCCCAAAUCACCAGUGCUUUUUACUUAUUUACAACAGACUGCGCUUACUUGUCAGCCUCUUCUUCAAGCCAUUUAUAAGGACACUCCAGGCACUAGCAAAACUUAAGUGCAUUUUUUUUGGCCUGGUAUUCAUAUUCAUCAAAUGUACUGAAGUUGUGUUGAUAUAGUAUUCUUUAACGUCUUGCUUGUAGACUGCACGCAGCUCUGUGUCCAUUAACCCAGCAACCGAUGCCAGAUGGUAAACAUCACGGAUGUUUUUAAGUACACUUCAUUUCAAGAAAAUGUAGCUUACACAUUUCCAUAUGUGCAGCUAGAGCUAUUACUUGAACUCUGGUGUAAUUAGUUUUGCCAUUUAUUAAAUGCUGAAUUUUUCCUUAAGGGCUCCAUUGUGAGUUCUACAAGUUCAGUCUAAUGAUUGCCAACCAGUUUCAGUUCUCGGAAGGAAUUUUAGAGCUACAGGCAUAAAAGGGGCUUAUAAAAGCAUUAAAAGAAGUGAACAAACUUACAUAGGAGAGGGACAUACAGGGGUAAGGAAACUUCUAAAUACGCGUCUAUUUAGACAUUUUACUUUGAAAUGGUAUCAUAAAACAAACAAAACAUGCAUUCUUUUUAAAAGGUUAUAGCAGAACUGGAUGUCCAGCUUGUGUAGGACUUCAGCUCCCAGCAUGCAUUUGGUAUUACAGAAUUGGAGAAAAGCUAAUUAGUGAACAAACCCCAUAUUAUUCUAGUAGUGUGAUGUGAUAAACCAAUAAGAUGUGAUCCAGUUGCAACUUUACUGAACAUGCUUCAAAAAUACACAACACCUAUUUAUACAGUGUUCUUCAAAUAGCAUCAACAAUGAAUGACAAACAAGUCCUGCCUACCUGACUCGUACAUCUAAUUAUACAAUUGUGAUAUCAUUAUAUGUGAGCAGAAAACAUUUCAGCUCUCUAGUUAUCUAUCCCCUCUCUGAAAGUGUCUUUAAAAUAAAUAAAUAAAAAUUUAAGGAAUUUCUUAUUGCGUUCCUUUUAGUUUGGUGGAUGGAAAGUGAAGAGCAAAGAGGAACAAAGGACAGUUUGCUUUCUGCCUAAUUUUUAAAUGCUUCCAUGUAAUAUUGUCUGAAAGGGCAGAAUGCUAUAUGUUAGCGAUUUAGAAAGGUGCGAACACAGCAAAACAGACACAUUACAAGAGAACCCUGAGAACAGACCGUUAAAUUAGCUUGUCAAUCAGUGUGUCCCAGCUCACUUGUGCCAUUACAGAGAGAAUCGGAACUAACUGCAUAUCAGUUUGAUGUUACCCAAAAAGGCAGUCCAUAUCGGAAACACUAGCCUCCCCCCACCGAGACGUUAGUGGGGACCCAAUGAAGGGCAGACUGUCUGAGUUUUCUAUUCUCUGUGCUCGUUUGCACAUAGUUUAGGUUACACUUGGAAAUACUUAAGGUCUCCCGAAUGUAAAGAUUAAUCCAAACAUGAAUCCAUGGUGUCUCUGGAAGGGUUUUGGCUACACCUCACUGGCCGACACCAUCAAUCCAGAGGGAGCAAGCCAGCAUUUUGAAUAUUGAAUCCCCCUGUGUCUGGCAGCAGUCUCUCCUGUGUCUGGCAUAGGUUUUCUCGGACAUGCCAGAAGUGUGUUGAAAUAAAAAUCCAGAUUCCUGAGCAGGGAUCACCAGAGUGCGAGCUAUUGAGUUGAGCUCUGAGUAAUAAUCCCAAUCAUAAAACUGUAAAAUGUUUGUGGAAUUUCGAGAAGAAAUAAAAAAUACAACAUUGAUAUUGUGUUAUUGGCAAUGCAUAUUGUCAGGGCUGUGGAUAUAAAAAAUAAUCUACUUGUCCAAGGAACUAAAGUGGUAGCCCAAUCUUAAAAUUAGAAUAUUUGGGACCCUGCUUAGACCUGGACAUUGGCAUGAUUAUUUACUAAAACUGAGGCCAAAAUAGCUGUGUAGUGUCUGCCUGCCGUCCUCCCCCAUAAUGUAUGCUGUGUAUCAGCUGGGUGUAAUGUGUGUGGUGUGUGCUGAUAAUCUUUGUAUGCUGGCUGUAUGGUGUGUGCUGUCUGUGUGUAGUGUGAUGUGUGUUGGACCGCGACCUUGGUAAUUCUGCUCCUCGCUAUGUGAGAGUACAUUCUGUGAGUCUGCAAUAUGCUCUGACUCAGUCGAACAUACCGGAAACAGCAGAUUCAGCAUCUAGUAUUACGCUCACAUGCCGAACCCCUAAACACUGUUCUUAUUCUAGUAGCCCUGCCACUUACUAUACUGCAUGCCUAGCGACCAGAGGGAUAGUAUGGGCUAAGUAAAACUAUUCUUCUUAAAAAAACUAUUAUAUGAUUUGUAAGAAGGAUAAAGCUCUGAAUAUUGUGUUGUAUUUAAGACAACAAAAAACUACUAAAAUAUACUCAGCACUGAAAUGAGAAAAAGCUUGGAAGAAGCUCAAAUAAGAGGGUUAAUGGGUUAUUCAUACAUUAUAACCACUAGAGCCUGCUGUAGUAUUUAUGAUAUCUUGGUGCCAUUCCCUGAUAAAAGAGGCAAACCAUUUUGCAAUCAGUGCAAUUUGCAAUUGGUUUCUCUCCUGGCUGAACGACAGCUCUUCAGGGGCCGGAUACCAAUCCUGUCAUUCAUUUGUUGGCUGUAAGUGUCAGUAUCUGUGCCCAGAACAAUGCACAGAACUAACAUUAGCCUGACUGGAACUCUCAUACUGGGCUGGCUAGUGAUGCUGCUGGUGGUGGAGUUACACCUCCUGCAGGUAACCCAAAUAGCUCUGUGUUUGACAUACAAGCUUCUUGCACCAUGACCACUUCAUUACACUUCUUGGAGUGAUACACAUAUUUUUUCAAGUAUUUCACCAUUUAAAUGUUACGUUUAUCAAGUUAGCUGUUGCAGUCUGAAGUUAUAAUAUGACCACGAGGAGAAGCUGCAGAUAAUAGAUAUACAUUAUGCGUAUGCAAGGUAGCUAGUGAAGCUGUAAUAUGGACACACAAGGAACUGCAGUUGUUAAAGGUAUUCUAGCAGAAUGGAAGGAGCUACAAUUCAUAACAACAUCAUGUAGCACAUGUAUAAUGCAGACAUGAAACGAGUUGCAACUGGUUAAGAAAUAAUACGGAAAUAUAUUCUGAUAAUGGCUGUAGUUAGUGUGUAUUCAUGUAUGGACAUAGAAGGACAUGGGUAGACCGUGAGAAGAUUGAGAAUAGGUUGCAUGAGAGAAAUUGACAUUUUUUUUGUUGAUGUAUCACUGCUUCUAUUGAAUGGCAUUCUGGGCAUCAUGUGAAAUGUAUCCCUUACUAUAAUGUGCCCCACCACCAUGUAUAUGUGUGAGCAUAUAUGUCUAUUCAGUAAUCCUUACAGAAAAUGUGUCAUAUGUACAUGAAUCUUAAAGGCUGUGUUGUCUUCCAUAGUGAAUAUUUAGCGGACGAAGGGGAGGAUAAGUUCUGGAGCUUUGUUGAAGAAAACCUGCAGGUAGAUGACCAAGGUAAACAAGUUUCACACAGCUGUACUUUAUGAGGUGUCUGUAAUGUGUGCCAGUCUGUACCUUUGUUUGGUGAGAACCACAUGAGCAUAAACCGAUUAAAAGAAUGAUCAGUGUUUUUCCCCACCAAGGAAAUAGGAUUUUAUUUGAUUUCUUUUGGUUAUAUAUGACAUUAUUAUUAAGCUUAGUUGUACUAAUUUUAUCUGUAUCACAGUGAAGAAACUUUAAGUGGUCUCCACCAGGAAUAAAACCUGUUUCUGAGGUUUGAAAAUGGUAUAUAUUUAUUAUAUUGAUAGUCAUUCUAAUCCAUCUCAAGUGGGUAAAUUAUAAUAUAAAAUCAUAGUCUUUAUAGGAAACCUAUUUCCCCCCGAUUUCACAGCUAACAUCCAUAUUAAAUUUACAGUUACGUUCCUAUUUGAAACAGUUUCAUCAAAUUAAAAUCCAAAGAAUUAAUAUUUUCCUGAAAUUUAAUAUUUAUCAUGAAUGGUUUCAAGAUUUUAUGUACUACAUUGAUUUAGGCUUUAUAUCAUUUUUUUUUUUUUUCUAAUUUUUUUCAAUAUGAGUGUUGUAUAUUUAAAUGUCAAUAAAUUUCCCUUUAAGUUAUUAAAAUAUUUAUUUAACAGUAACUCUUAAAAAUGCGCUUAGGCAUCAAUAUAUAUUCUGUUUGUUGUUUUUUUUACUUUUACAAAACCAUUACAAUUAUGAUUAAAUUGAAAGUUACGUUGGAGAUAAGCUGACUGUUAUCUAUCUGUUUUUGCUCUUUUUACACUACAGGAAAUGAUAAUUCAAAAUAUGAACUGACGCUGAACAGAGCUAGCACACAUCUCUCGCCGUUACAGCAGAGCCUGCUGAAGUUUGCCUUGUCUCUGCGAUCCUACUCAGCUACUGUACAGACAUUCCAACAGGUUUGUUUGCAGAUCCUAAAUUUAAUGCAUAAUAUCUGUACUUAAAGCCGGUGGGAUGUACAUGGCACGUGUGAAAGCUCACAACAGGAAAGGGCCCUAAUUAUGACUGUGAUAAAACCCAUCGGUAAAAAUAAUUGCUCUUUUGCAGAUUGCUGCUGACGAGCCUCCGCCAUUGGGCUGUAGUGCUUUUAUCUCAGUUCAUGGAGUGAAGACGUGUGAUCUGGAUAGCUUGCCUUCACUUCUCAAGACUGCUACAGAGAGGUGUGUAUACUAACAUACGUCUCCCAGAAAUGUGUCAGCAAUCUGAGCAAUACUUUGUAGUUCUGUUCUAUUAUUAUAUGGGAUUUAUAUUCACAAGUCAUGCUACCCACUGCAUUACACGUUACUCCUCAUAUUUUUAGUUAAGUUUAGGUACCAUUGACGUUAGAUUUUUUUGGGGUAUUUUUUUGUAUUUUUUUUUAUAAUUCCCUAUUUUCCUUUUAUAAUAUUGCUGCAUUUUAUCUGCGGUUAUAUCUCCAGAUGACUGGAACAGAAAUUAACCAUAUAUGGUGGGAUAAUCUAAUCAUCAGCAAAGUUAAAGGGGCAGUUUUAAGUAUUAUAAUCACUACAUGACAUUAUAGUAGUUAUGGUGUAGUAGGCUGCAGGCGCUGUGCCAUGGCUCUGUACUAUGUGUUUUUUAAGUGAUUUGACCAAAACAGGGAUUCCCGAUGCACUUGUGGUUUGGCUCCUGCUCACUGGAUUACACUUCUGUGUUGACAAUAUCGAUUUUGUCCAUAUUAGGAUGGCAUUGAUAGGCCGUGCACAUCGGUAUUAUACUAAUCUGUACGUUGAUUAACAAAAACACCAGCAAAUGCUUUAGUUUAAAGUAAAUAAAUCCACUUAUCCAGUUGUAUGCAUCCUCCAGAAGCUAAGCAUCAUGGGUUGCCACAUUUAGGUGCUUUUAAAUCUGACCUUUAUGUUAACAAGAAUAGAGGUAAUUUAUAAACGCUAAUAUCAGAAUAUAAUUUUGCAAACACUUUUUUACAUUGCGUGGUUGUUAUUCUAUAUUUAUUAUCCAUAAAGUUAUACUAUGUUGUUUUUUUUUUUUCCAGUGAAAGGUACUUUAUAAAUAGCUUCAAAUUUACAUUUCAAGAGUGAACUCAACCUACUUAACUAAUGUAUUUAGGCUUCUUGUCUAGUAAAACAAUUUGGAUUGUUUUACAAAGAAGGUCUAAUUCUCUGUAAUACUCAUGUGAGUUAAAUUAAUGAAACAUAUCUGUAAAAGGUAUUGUAAAUGUUAAGUACGACUCCAAUACUUUGUUGUUAAUAGGAGUCUUCUUCUAUCUAACUCCAUGUUUUAACAUUAAUCUCUGAGAAUUCUGAAUCAAGCCAGGUUGACUUGCACUGAAUGUUGUUUUAUUUUCAGACAAUUGUCUUGCAUUUUUAUUGCCUAGGCCCAAACCAUUCUUGUUCAAAGGAGAUCACAGGUAUCAAAGUAAAGCCUCUGACAGCCCUGUGGUUAUACUUUAUGCUGAAAUUGGCUCAAAGGACUUCUCCAGGUUCCACCUCCUGCUUUCGGUAAAGGCCAGAGCUGGAGAGAUCAACUAUGUCCUCCGUCACUAUGUCGCGGUAUGUACCACUGUUAGCUUGUGCUCUGUUUGCUUUGUUUGUCUGUAGUUAUGAUUGUCUGCAAAAAUGCUACACUGGAGUCAGUAACAUGUCUAAUCAUAAGUUUGUCGAGUUAAUAAUAACAACUAGUAUUUAUAUAGUGCCUUUUAUCGCCCUCGGAAGGAUGAAGGGCUGAGUUGAUUUGAACCAGUGACCUUGCAUUUUUGAACAGGCUUUGUAGUCGGGGAAUUUACCAACUGAGCUACCUCACCUGCUUUUUAACAUAUCAUUUAUAGCUGGUGCAAUCGGAGUUUACCUCUGAUAUUUCAAAAUCCCUGAAUUUAAACCAAAUUGUAGGGUGCUGCUAUAUUCAGAGAUUAGUCCAGAACCCUUUGUACAGCGCUGCAGAAUUUGUUGGUGCUGUAUAAAUAAUAACAACAACAACAAUGGGCAAAUGCAUUGUUGACCAAUUGGUGUCACAAAAUACAUUAAUAAUAAAACCCCAUCCAACUUCCAUCCAAGUUGUAAUAGUUUUGAUAUUAAAGGAACACUCCAGAUACAUAAAGUGUGUAUAGAGUCUGUCGUACUAGUGAUACUUUAUAAAAGUGCUGAAUUCAAUAGAAAUCGUCACUUUUAAAAAUGGUAGAAGAAGCAGACAGCCAGGGAGGUUUCCUACACUUUCAUUAACUCCACAGAGUUAACAGAAGUGGCAGUCAUGCUGGGCUCAUCUGCACCUGUCCUUUUCUCCAUGAAUUGCCCUCCAGCUGAAAGUCAAAGCAUAGCCGCAAUCAUGUACUCCAGUGACAAGCCUCUGCUUGGUGAAUUCCCUGGCGCAGACUGAAAUUCUGAAAGUUUUCUUUGGCAGGGUAUAUCUAAUAAAUUGUUUAACAAAUAUUCUCACACAUUUCAGUGGAAUGUUCCUUUAACUAUUUGGUUGCUUUCAGACUGUCCACAAAGUUGGACAUUGAUAAUCACAUUUGGAGGUUCAUUGCCUUUCUACUUUUUUUCAGGGGAUAUGACAUGCAAAUAAUACCUGUGUACUUAUACCUGGUUAUAAUUUUACAAUUAAUUAAUAAAAUAGGCUUAUAGUGCGUUACAAAAAAUGCAGAAUCACUGCAACUGUGCUAAAAAAUGCAAAGGAGGUGCACUUCCUUUCAUAUGCAGCUUAGAAGGUCCCUUUAACCCACUACGAUGACACUUAAUAGGUGUCCCUAUGCUCUUUUAGUGAGCCCCCACUAUAGUCACCAGAACAACUACAGCUUAUUGUAUUUGUUCUGGUGAGUAUAAUCAGUCCGUUCAGGCUUUUUGCAGUAAACACUGUUAUUUCAGAGAAAUUGCAGUGUUUCCAUUACAGCCUAGUGAUCACUUCACUGGCCACUCCUCAUAUGGCUGCUAGAGGUGCUUUCUGGGGCAGUGCUGCACAGUGUGCAGCAUUUACAUUCAGUGUCUCCACCCUCUGCAUGGAGACAUUGAACUCUCCUCAUGGAGAUGCAUUGAUUUUCUAUCUCUAUUAGGAAAUGAUGUUUGGCUUGUGCUGGCUCUGUUCUUGAUCUGCCUCCUUGACAAGCUCAGCCAAUCCAAUGCUUUCCUAUGGGAAAGCAUUGUGAAUGGCUUUGAUCAAAACUUCUGAUGAUGUCAGCCAAGCAGGCAGAUCAGGGGCAGAGUUAGCAGCAGCAGACUGGAGUAAAGAUAUGGUUUUAAUAGAUUUAGGACAAGGGGUGGCCAGGGGGUCUAGAUGGUGGUUUUAACACUAUAGGGUCAGGAAUACAUUUGUGUUCCUGACCAUAUAGUGUUCAUUUAAUAGAAAAAUAUGUACAAUAAAUGGUUUACUAUUGUGACACUGAUUGGAAGAUUUAAACUAAGAUUUUUUGGAGAAUUUAUUUUAGUAUUUAUUUAUUACAUCACAAUUGUAGAAUGGGUCACCAAGCUAAUGGCAUGUGCAACAUUUGGAUCCUUUCAUAAAUGGCUCUAGAGCAGGGGUAGGCAACCUACGGCACUAGUGCCAUGCAUGGCACUCGAGGUGCCUUUGCACGGCACUCAGGGCUACAAGAGCCAAACAGGCUCUGGCCUGUCAGGAGUCCCAGUGAAACUUAAGAUAUCUGCUAAUACGAAAAGGUGGUGAAGGACAAUCCUCCAUUUAUGCAUUGCAGCACGUAGAGGAAGUGAUCUCAGAUCACUUCCUCCCAGCACUUGUGAAUGGGAAUCCACACUGGAGUAGAGCAGCCCACAGCUUCCUGUUGCAGCUUCUGUCCUUGAGCUGUACCUGGCCAAACUGGUCCCCACUAAAACCCAGGGAAGCCUCCCACACUGCUAGAUAUACACAGAGCUGCAGAAUAACCCUCCCCUCAUACAAAUAAUGCAAACAGCUCACGCACAAACACAGCACCACCAACAAUCCACAUACAUAGACACAACCCCACAUGCAGCCUCUCACAUGCAAUACCCCAAACAGCCCCACACUUACACACACUACCAAAUACACAAUGUGACAUGUGACAUAUCCAUCCACACACAAUUCCACAAGCAGCCCCUAUACACACCCCAAAUUCAUAGGUAUUAUACAUGAUACCACAAACUAUUAAUGAACAUAUACAAUAUAAUAGCUCAUAUACGCACAAAUACAAUGAUACAAAGCAACUGCAGUAUAAAUAACACAAGCAGAAUAUGGCAACAUGCACACCUCAGUUUAAAGAAAUAGGACCGACAUGCUACGGGACAUCACAAUCAUAUUUCGGCACAGUGCUGCUAAAAGGUUGCCUACCCCUGCUCUAGAGUCUCUGCUGUAAACCAAAACAAUUUUCCAUGCAGCUUCAUAUCUCACCUAGAUUUUUACUUAUUUUUCAAACGUAUUACCUAAUCUGAAUUAAAUGUUCUCUGCUCUUUUUAAUAUCUUACUGAGAUAUAUGCAGUAUGGUGUGUUAAAGGUCAUUUUUAAAUAUUAUAGUUUGCAAGGUAAUAAUACAAAAAGCUGAAAAGUACAUCUGGGUAAAUUUAAAUUGUGGUACGUGUGCACUGUUAUUAGUCUGAAAAGCGUUUGUGAUUUAAUUCCGGGACCCUGCUGAACUUAGAUUGAUUUAAAUAGAAUUCUUAAAUGUGUGACUGUAAAGUGGACAAUAAUUAUACCAGAGGGUGGGGGUGGUUGUUGGUCUGUAAAGCCUCUUUUUAUAAGCAACACAAAUCCUUCCUUUUUUUUUUAAGAAUCCUGGAGCUGAGAAAGUUUUCCUUUCUGGUUAUGGUGUGGAAUUGGCAAUUAAGAGCACCGAAUACAAAGCAAAGGAUGAUACUCAGGUGAAAGGUAAGCUUGCAGCUUUAGCAAUAACCAGGUGUGCAGGUGCAUGUUCAAACGUACAGCUGAAAUUUAUAGUGUUGAGUUGACAGCUAGAUUUCAGACUUUAGUCAUGGUUUGUAAAGGAUAUUAUAAAGUAUUACAAAAUACUAAAUAAAUAUGAAAAAAUUAAGUUAUAGUGUCUGCAUUUCCAGCAGAUGCCCAUUAUUUGAAACUGCUUCAGUGUUGUUUGCCUUGACUAGUAGCUGAAAAGCUUCCUGUCAAUCCUGACACUCCCUUUGCUUUAAGUGGGUGGUUUAUGGGAUAUAUUGUUAAUUGCUGGCAGCAAUUUAAUUAAUGAAGAAACAUGAUUGAAUUCAUGGCUGGUUUCUGUUACUUUAAAUAUAGAGCCAUUUAUUUUAUUUAAAGGACCACUAUAGUGCCAGGAAAACAUACUCGUUUUCCUGGCACUAUAGUGCCCUGAGGGUGCCCCCACCCUCAGGGACCCCCUCCCGCCCGGCUCUGGAAAGGGGAAAGGGGUUUAAACUUACCUUUUUCCAGCGCUGGGCGGAGAGCUCUCCUCCUCCGAUCCUCCUCUUCUCCUCCCAUGCGGCUGAAUGCGCACGCGCGGCAAGAGCUGCGCGCGCAUUCAGCCGGUCGCAUAGGAAAGCAUUUACAAUGCUUUUCUAUGGACGCUGGCGUGCUCUCACUGUGAAAAUCAUUGACAGCCACUAGAGGAUUAGGGGGAAGGCUUAACCCAUUGAUAAACAUAGCAGUUUCUCUGAAACUGCUAUGUUUAUUAAAAAAUGGGUUAACCCUAGAAGGACCAGGCACCCAGACCACUUCAUUAAGCUGAAGUGGUCUGGGUGCCUAGAGUGGUCCUUUAAUCAACAGUAGGUAUGUACUUCUCUGGAACACAUGCUCCCUUAUAGAACUCUAUGAAGAGACUCUGGCUAAGAUAAAAGAUCUGAGUGACUCUGACAAGAGCCAGAUAGUAAUGGCUCGAUGACUGGGUCAAAGCAUAUCUAAAAGGCAAGUCUUGUGAGGUGUUCCUGGUAUGCAGUGGUUAGUACCUAAUAAAAGUGGUGCAAGGAAGGACAACCAGUGACUAGCGUCAGAGGAGCCCAAGGCUCAUUGAUGCAAGUGGGGAGCAAAGGCUAGGCUCCCUGGACCCAUCACGGAGAAGAGCUAUUGUUGCUCAAAUUGCUGAAAAGCAUAAUGCUGGCUUGAUAGAAAGGUGUCAGAACACCCAGUGCAUCAUAGUUUGCUGUAUAUGGGCUGAGUAGGCAGAGACUGGUCAGAGUGCCCAUGAUGACCCCUGUCCACUGCUGAAAGUGCCAUCAGUGGGGACAUGAGCAUCAGAACUGGACCAUGGAGCAAUGGUUGCCUGUUCUGAUGAAUCACGUUUUCUUUUAGUUCAGAUAGAAGGCCGGGUGCAUGUGCGUCAUGAUGGCAGCAGGAUGCACUAUGGGAAGAAAGCAGGCCGGCGGUGGAAGUGUUCUGCUCUGGGCAAUAUUCUGUUGGGAAACCUUGGGUCCUUGCGUUUAUAUGUCUGUUACUUUGACACAGACCAUCUACCUAGAGAUUGUUGCAGACCAAGUACACCCCUUCAUCCCUUUAUGGCAAUGUUGUUCCCUAAUGGCAUUGGCCACUUUCAGCAGGAUAAUGCACCAUGCACCAGUGCAAACGUUUUUCCAAAAUUAUUUAAGGUUUAUGACAAAGCAUUCAAAGUGUUGCCCUGGCCUCCAAAUACCCAGAUCUCAAUCAGAUUGAGCGUAUGUGGGAUGUGCUGGAACAAUAAAUCCAAUCCAUGGAGGCCCCACCUCGCAAUGUGCAGGAAUUUAAGGAUCUGCGGCUAAUGUGCCAGAGACCAGAGGACACAUUCAGAUGUCUUGUGGAGUCCAUGCCUCAACGUAUCAGAGCUGUUUUGGCAGCAUGAGAGAGACCUACAUGAUAUUAGGCAGGUGGUUUUAAUAUUGUGGCUGAUCAGAGCACAUUUUGAAUGAAGUGAUGGACUUAUAAUGGCAGCUACUGGUAUCCAAUUGCACCAGAUGUUGUUAUGGUGCUUGGAGUAUUUUUUGAUAUAAGCAUGAAACCCACAUAGCUUUAAAGUUAUCCUUUACGUUUAGCCUUAUUGAUUAUGUUGACUAGCCUUGUGAUAUAUGUAUUGAAAAAUGAGUGUUUUGAAUUCUGUUUAAGAGUUAAUUGUAACUUUGAUUUAUUUACUUCUUAAGGAAAUGAUGUAAACGCCACUGUGGUUGGUGAGAAUGAUCCGCUUGAUGAAGUACAAGGAUUUCUCUUUGGGAAGCUCAGGUAGAAUUUAUUUUAAUAGUCUGUGUGUGAAAUAACGGGAUGGAUGUGCACAGGCAAUAGAGAAAGCAGAUUUGACAAUUUCAAUGAAAUCCUACAUACAUAUCAAUGGAAUUAAAAAUGUAUCUAAAAUACAAUUCCAAACCAUACCUAUUUAUUUAUGGUUAUAUUCUGCAUAUCAAAUUAUUUGAAAUAACUAUUCUAAGUUGCAUUUACAUUUGUUCAUAUGCAAAGCAUAUAGAAGGUUUAUUAUUUUUUUAAUAGUUUAUAUUUAUUGAAUUAUUAUUAUUAUUAUUUAAUUCAUUUGUUUUGUUGGGAGCAGUACUGCUGUUACUGUUUUGCUUUGUGCCUUUGCACAGAUUUUUGUAGUAUGAUGGUAGCAGGCUAUCACAGCUGUGUCCGGCUCACUUGCUGAUAUUUGCACCUGUACAAAUUGUUCAUAUCGAUCGGCGCCACUGCAGGCCGCUUCAUGUUAGAUUCCUCACUACAGCCUUGCCGUGAAUGUGAAAGUGUAGAUACAGCUGUUUUACUUUCUUUAUUUCUUGCAUUCCAUUGUAAAUCCACAUAUUGAAAGUAUUGAGUUCCAAUUUUGGAAAUGCACACAACAAAGAGGAAUUGCUGUAUUUUCUGUUGAUGCAUGAUUUAUAAUCCCACAUUUUUUAUAUAUAUAUAUAUAUAUAUAUAUAUAUAUAUAUAUUAAAAAAAAUCUAGUUUGUCCUUUAUAGCUUAAUGUCAUAUAAACGAGUGGAUCCAACGGUUCAGUACAAAGACUAUUCAAGAUACAGUGUACACAUUAAUGACCCUCAUUAAAUACAACCGCCCUUCCCCCUCUGCCCCAAAGAAACCAAAACAAGAUUCCUAGACAAGAAAAUUUACAAAAUGUACUGGAUCAUACAUAACCUACUACACCAUUCUAAUUACUCACCUGGUAACUCCAAUAAAUAAUUCCCAUCAACCACAGAAACCAAAUAUAUAUAUAUAUAUAUAUAUAUAUAUAUAGAUAUAUAGUAAUACUAUAUACAUCCCUUACAAAAAGUCUACAGUCUAUCAAUGCUGGAAACAUAGACUCAUUUCUAUUUAAUAGACAAGUGGCAAUGCACACAGCCAUAGCAAUGACUUUUAUAUACUUGUACAUGAAUUUGUGUUCAUUGUGAAUGGAAAACGGUCUCUCCCAGCACAUUCACAAAGUUUGAAUUGGGUAAUUUCUUGUAUUUUUCAGAAGUUGACUAUCUGAUAUUCUAUUUAGUAAUAUUAUUUAUAUAGUGCCAGCAUACCCCGGAACACUUUACAAUUAUAAGAGGUGAAGAAAGCUUACUUUACUCUAUGAGUAAAGACCUGCCAUUUCCAAGCACUGAUAUACAUUACACAAUCAAGAAGCCCAAGUCCCAUCACAUAACAGUACCCUAUAGCUCACAUAUCACAACAGUGAUAGUCCUUUCAGUAUUUUGCAAUGUCAGCUCCAUUAAAAGACUUUGGUCAUCUGUGCCGCUUUUAAAAUCUUGGAAAGGGGAAAUGAAAACUUUUUCACCUCUGGCUUAUGACUUGAUUUUUAUGUGUUGAGAUAUGGGUUUCAAGAAUAAUUAUGCAUUGUAUCCCCCCCCCCCAGAACUUUAUUCAUCAGUUUUACACUGUUUUAACAUAAACCCUGUAUGUAAGUCCAGCAAAAUGCACUGAUGCAUCCUUCUAACUCCAAGUCUUAGCUCUCUAGUUGAGCCUACCUGCAUUAAUACGUUAAGCUUUGCAACCUUUGUAUUUCAAGUAAUACUUUAUAAUGUGAAUCCCUCUGCCUGAUAUAUUAAAUCCACAGUAAUACCUGCCGCUAACUUAAAUUCUUGGUUUUCAGACAAAUUUAUCCAGAGCUAAAAGAACAACUGAAAGAAUUGAGAAAGCAUUUAGUAGAAAGUACCAAUGAAAUGUCACCCUUGAAAGUUUGGGAACUGCAAGGUACUACACUUCUGUCUUUAUUAUGUGAUAUUCAUAGUUUCAGUAGCACAAUGCUGACAUACUGGUAUUGUCUCGUCAUUCUCUAAAUUUAGGUUGUAUUUCUCAUGUUUAAAGGAACACUACAAACAUUUAUUCCUAACGGUAGAGUGUUCUAUCAACUAUUUUAGAUUAUUACAUUUUUUUGUUUUUACUCAGAUCUCAGUUUCCAAACUGCUGCCCGUAUCCUGGCGGCUCCUUCUUCAGAAGCUCUAUUGGUUUUGAAAGAUUUGAGUCAGAAUUUUCCAACGAAGGCCAGGUAAUGUGCAUCUGUUUUCGCUAAACACAAUAAACACAUGAUUGAGCACACUUCAAAUACCAAUCAAUUUAAAGGGAUUAAUUGUGACCUUUAAAGUGACUUUAUUAUAUUAUGUUAUAUUAUUAUAUUGCUUAGCACAUCUACAGAGACAAGUAUACUGAGCUAGUGACUCUUCAACCAGUCCUUUGGUUUUAUAUAUAUAUAUAUAUAUAUAUAUAUAUUCCAUGGGUGGUCUUUCGGGACUGUUCUAAGGCCUCUCAUUAUAAGACGUCAUGUCUUUCAUGACAAUGAAUAUGUAAUAUGUGAAUGCUAGUUUAUAGAUACAUAUGCCAUAGAUAUGUUUCUAUGACCCUGAAAGAAAUCACAUGAGAACAUAGAUUUUAAAUGAUAUAUCUGUGUGCAAUACAUGUAUACCAAAAUCCUAGCUUUGUGAUUUUUAUUCUUCAGUAGACCACAUUCCUGAUAUUUCAUUGCUAUAGAAUUAGAUUAUGCCAAUCGAUAGCCUUAACUAAGUAUAAGGUACAGUGACACAGUGGAGACAAAGCUGGUCUGGAAGGGAAAUGUGUAUAGCUAGUGCUAGUCAUCUCAGUAAUGUAAUAUGCAGUUUGCUAUUUUUUUUUUUGACAGAUCAUUAACCAGAACAGCAGUGGAUGCAGCUCUUCGCCGAGAAGUGGAGGAAAACCAGAAGGUGAGAGUUUUAGAUUUUCGUUCUACAGUACAAGUAUAUAAAUUAAUAUAUAUAUAUUUUUUUCUUUGUUGUGAUGUGUUUUUCAUUGUGUGAAAUGAAUAUACAUGUAUUCACUGAAAAAUUUAUUUACUGUUUGCAAUAUUUGUCCAGUAGUCCUAGAUGGUAGUAAAUCCAAAACAACAAUAUUGGUAAUCUGGACAAUUUCAUCCAUAUAAAUAAUGUGUAGGGCAGGGAUAGGCAACCUUCUGCACUCCAGAAGUUGUGGACUACAUCUCCCCUGACGCUUUGGCAACAAUAUGGUUGCAAGAGCAUUAUUGGAGAUGUAGUCCACGACAUCUGGAGUGCCCAAUCUUGCCUUCUCCUGACUUAGGGCAUCAGGCAGUUUGGGGGCUGAAAAAUGUAUGGGCAUAUUCUAGAAUGAGAAAGAAGAAACUUAUAGAACACAGAGCAUGUGAAAACAUUGGGAAAUGGAAUGAAAUGUGUGGCAUAACAAGGUCAAUAUGACUAGGGAGAUGCCUAUGUUUCUUAUUGGUUGAGGAAUCGAAAGAAUUACGUGCAUAAAUGUGAGUACUCUUGAUAUAUGUGAUAUGGAAACCUUGGGACAGAAUGUUGAGUGGUUGGGUAUCAUAAAAGCCAAACAGAAUAUAUCCAAAGUUAUAAAGACUAAAAUAUUAUAGUUCUGAUAUAAAUAGUAUUUAUAAUAAAAUGUACUGUCAACUGAGACAUCGUAUUGCUAUUUUGGACUGGGGAAAGGUAAUUUAUUUUUACUUUUUGAGGCAAAGUUGGAAAUAAUUUUUCUGUGUAUUACUCCUUAUAUUGGAUCAACCACAGCAACAGGAAUGUGCCAAAGAUUGAAUCUGAUAUAUAUGAGCCAAAAUCACAUUUUAUUUAGGGCACCAUAAAACAAGAGAUUCAGUGUGUCAAGUAUUAUAUACAACUCAGAGCUGCUUGGGGGGGAAAUAGCCUCCAAAUUAAUUCUGGCAAAUUUUCCUAAAAUUUUAUCUCUUGAUCUCACUGCCUUUUGAGUCGGUGAGGAUGAAACUCAAGAGAGCUGUCAGGUGGUUGGCUGUUAAAAUGCUUACCCACAGCCAAACGCUGCACUGGUGCUAAAUGCAGGUUUUGUUUCCAAGUUCGUGAAUUACCUUAUACUUCUUUCACAAUUCCCAUCCUUUAGACAUGAAUGAGGAUGUUCUAUGCUCUUUGUUCUCUUUUGUUUCCAUAUGUUCCCGUAGUUCAGAUAGAGCACUCCAUGAUCACAUACUGGAUGAGAUGCUAAUCUGUUCUAAUGUUGGAUGUGGCUUUUGCUAGUGCUUUAAAAAUGGUAUAUACUAUUAAUUAAAAUGGAAUUGUACUACUAAUGUAGAUUGAAAUGAUUUGCAUGGUCUUGUUUUCUAGUCCAAAAUGGAUCUAGUAGUAAACUAGUAGUAAAGUAGGAGCUUAGGGUUAUAUUGCAUAAAAAAUGUCAUGGUUGGUAUCUUACAUUAUUAAUAAUCUUUUUAUUUGUACAGUAUUUCAAAGGUUCCUUGGGUAUACAGCCUGGAGACUCUGCCUUAUUCAUCAAUGGAUUACACAUUGAUCUAGAAAGUCAGGAUAUAUUCAGGUAACUAUCGUGUGGGAGCAGUCCUAAAGACUCAAUCCUGAUAAAUGACACGACUGGCAAGCAGGGCAAAGUUGACAAACUGGGAAGAUUCACAGUGGACACGUCAGCAAAAUGACUGACUAAAAAAAUAAAGACUUCAAUUACUGCAGCAUAGUCUUACUAUUCCAUAUACUACAAUCCUUUCAUAGUCAUUAGAACCGACAUUAAAACAAAAAAAAUCUUAUUUAGUUGAGGUUAGAAUGUUUUACCAACGAUUCUACAAGUCACUUCUAGUUUUAGUUUUGUUGUUUUGGCCUAAAGUAUGAAAUUCACUUUAAAUUCCCAGCAUUUCUCAUUUUAGUCAAUAACCCUAUCAGAUUUUUCUAAGUAGAGUCCAGCGGGCCAUUUCAUACCACCAUUUCCAUUUCUAGUCUCCUUAGUCCCAUGGACUGACCUUAAUUGAAUACAUUGUUUCAAAACUCUAUUUAACUGACAGUAUGAGCAAUGAGGUACCCCCUCAAAUACAUUGACUUCAAUGGCUUGAUCUCUUAUGGGUGACCGAUGUUCAUCCAGCUGCUGAUGUCUCUUGAGGCAUCAAUCAGUAGUUUCAUAGUUGCUAAGCGGUAUGCUUUGCUAUGUGCUUCUAAUAGAACCCUUUCUGGAGUCUAUAUUUCUUGAGCCUGAUCCAAUGGAAAUGACGGGACCAUAAGAGAUUAGAGAUGUAGGCCAAGUGUUCAAUCAGUGAAAAGCUAACAAAUGGUUUGGUUCUUUAAUAACGUUUAUAUGUACAUCCCUACAGUUUGUUUGAUAUAUUGCGCAAUGAAGCUCGGGUGAUGGAAGGUCUUCAUCGAUUAGGGAUAGAAGGUCCUGCCCUGCACAACGUUCUCAAGCUCAAUGUUCAACCCUCAAAUUCAGACUAUGCUGUGGAUAUCCGUAGUCCUGCCAUAAUAGUGAGUAGUAGUAGCACUAGAUCCAGUGACUGAGAGAAUAAUGCAUGCCAUGCAUAGAUGGCACAAAAAGAAAUUGUUUCCUGACACUCCAGGCUAGAGGUUCUCCUCAUUUUUAAAUGCAAUAUUAAUAGAGGACAAUUAAAAUGAACAGCAAAAAUACUCAAUUUUCCCAUUGUAUGCAGCACAUUUGCUGCUUUUGCAGCUACCAGGAAUUUUCUGAUAAGCACGUCCUGGUCCAUUUAUCCCCAAAAAGUCUCCAGCUGUAAUGGUGGGAUAAUAAUAUUGUAGUGGACUGAGAUCAUGGAAUUUGCAGUCAGGAGAGUUGAUAAUUUUAAUAUAAUGGGCAGGGGCAAUGUGAGUUGUAGAAUAGUGUGAGUAACAGUGGACACUGGUUGGAUAGUGAUAGUUUGGGUUAAGGAAUUAAAGAUUAGUUAUCUUUUAGGAGCUUAGGGUUAUAUUGCAUAAAAAAUUGCAAUAGAUGAUUUAAGAGUUAAUUGUAGUAAAGUUGGGGGACCUCUGUUCAAUGUUAAUACCUUCAUAGCAGAUUAACACUGAACAAGGGUGUGUGGCCACCCACAGCCCAGCCCCCAUUGGAUUUAUAACAGAGGCAGAGAUUAUUCACUUCCUUAGUCAUACCCAUUCAUACCAGGAAUGUGUAGCUAUGAUAGGCACUAGAACCAUUUCUUCUCAGUUAAAAUGAGUCCAAUAACACUGUACCUCCAUCCAGUGUUAAACCAUUUUUGAGCAGUUUAACACUAAAUAAAGGUUACCCACACCCCAGCCCAUACUAGAGGUGUGGCUAAGACAGAGAUUACACUCUUUCUGCUAGCCAUACCAAUUCAUACCAGCAGUGGUGACUGUGAUAGACUGAAUGCAGUCAGCUGACACUCUCAGCCAGUUACAACUACCCAUUGCUGCUCAGACUAACUCUUGUGUGGAGGUCAUGGGUUGCUGGGGACUCUUGUUUAGCAUUAAAACAUUAAAAAUGGUUUAACAUUUAAUGAAACGAUUGCGUCUGGCAACAGUGGACAGAGUUAGAUGAAGGGGAUACAGUGCCUAAUGUGUCCCUUUAGGGAAGAGUGGGCAAUGGGAGUAAAGGAACACCGUGUCAACACAGUUGUGAUUUAAGGAGAGGGAAGUGAGAGAAAAAAACUCUAAUCAGAAGAAAUAUUUAUUCUCCAUGAAUGUUAUCAUGACGGAAUAUGUUUAUCUUGGCCCCUCUAUGGUUAAUUACUGUGCAUUCGAGGAGGAGGAGGGAUCCCUGUUACCCUGCUCCUGUGUACCAUACCAGGAGUAUUAUAGCUAUUGUUCACCAAAAUAUAUUAAAGUAUUAAACAAAAUGUGUACAGGAAGUGCACACACCUCCUGCUCCUUGUAUUUGAUGCCACUCACGCUGUAUAUAGUCAGAGCCUCCUGUUUGGACAAAUUGGGCUCUCACUAUGUCUGCAUAUACCCUUGCUAAUAACAAGGGAACAGUUUGAGCCUUGACAAUGGCAAAGGUCCCAUCAUUAAAAUGACAGAUGACGCUAUACACCCUGAUAUUUACCAUCACACACACAAAUCCUCCUUUAUACACAUUGAGACCGCUCUCAUUACAUACAAAACAGGUCACUCAACACACAUUCUUUCCUUGUCUGUUGUCCUUCUUACUAUCUCUUUGAUGCAAGCCGUAAUGUGCAGAUGUGCAUCAUUUACCCAUCUGAAACACAGAGCCAUUCUGCUGUAGCAGUUUGGUUACAUUUACUGUGAAGUUUGCACAUAAUGUCACUAUGUGAAGAAUUUUCCAAGGAUGCAACUUGUUUUUUAUACAGAUCAGACGUUUUCGCUGACUUACAUUUUGUAUUUGUUACAGUGGGUGAAUAAUUUGGAGAUCGACAGUAGAUAUAACUCAUGGCCAUCAAGCGUUCAGGAACUGCUCCGUCCCACAUUUCCUGGAGUAAUUCGACAGAUCCGCAAAAACUUUCACAACUUUGUAAGUAGAAAUGCUAUUUAAAUGGAUAAAUGGAGGAUGUUUCUUUCUGCUUUGUUUAUAGAAAUCUCUUUGUACACCUUCCAAUAAUAAACAAAUAUGUCUACUAAUAUAAAAUGAAUACACUGGAAAUGUAUGUUUGUCAUUCAAUAUAUAUGUAGUGUCUCUGGAAUGUGCCUUCUAUCAUGCAAUAACAUAUCUACAUGCAUGCCAUGAUAAAGACCUUAUGUCUGGUCUGGUUUCAAUUUGUGUGGGCAAUUUUUCUUUGAUUUAGCCUAAAUAAGAAAUAGAACUUGGAGCUUAGCAUGUUAAGGUGGUUGUAUUCUGAAAGGAACAUUCAAUAGAUGAUUUAAGAGUUAAUUGUAGUAAAGUUGGGGGACCUCUGUUCAAUGUUAAUACUUUCAGAGCAGAUAAACACUGAAUAAGGGUGUGUGGCCACCCACAGCCCAGCCCCCAUUGGAUUUAUAAAAGAGGCAGAGAUUAUUCACUUCCUUAGUCAUACCCAUUCAUACCAGGAAUGUGUAGCUACGAUAGGCUGAAUGCAGUCAGCUGACACUCGCCACCAAACACAGCCAGCCAUUGUUGCUCAGGCUAAUGCUUCAUUAGCCCGAGCUGUGUAGAGUGGAUGGGCUGCUGUUUUGCUUGCUUUUUUUUUUUUUUUUAAAUUUAUUUAUUUUUGUUCUAAUGCUUUUUUUCUUUUCAUUUAGGUUAUCAUUGUUGAUCCUGUACAUGAAUCCACACCGGAGUUAAUAAAUGUAGCUGAAAUGUUUCUUAGCAAUCAUAUUCCUAUCAGGUAAACCUGCUUGUUAUUUGCUUCAUUAUAAUAAAACUCGAUAGGGUUAUUUUUCUUUGUGGUUUUUGUUUUGUUGGUUUUGCUUUCUUUCAGCUUUUUCUUUGUAUUGUGGUUACCUGGAGGACACAUAAUUAAUGAAUGGGAAGGGUCAAGUCAAGGUAUUUUAGCUUACCGCGGAAAGGGUUCAGCAUGUGUGGGCUACAGUGAAGUGGAAAACAACCAAAUAAUUCAUUUGGAAUAGCUUUAGUGAUUUAUAGAUCUCAUUUUUAGAAUUUAGUUAAUAUUGAUCCAUCUUUUUGCACUUAAAAUGUGACUUAUUAAUUUGCAUACAUUUUGCAUACAUACUCUGUUUAUUGUACAACCUGAGGCUACCGAAUAGUCUGUUUGUUGCAUCUCAAAAGCACGCACACUUGAAACAAGACAGAUCAACGUCUUCUUGGAUAUUAUUAAUUUGUUGGUAAAUAAACCUUUAUUUAUUAUUGGAGAGUAAUUAAAAAGAGGAUAUCACACAAAAAGGCAUUUUGAAAAUCAGUUCAUUUUAUGCAGCAUUCUGUUAGCAAAUUAUGCAUAAAAUGAGACCCCCAUGUACAUCUUAAAACAGGUUUUGUUUAAAUACAGGCUUGGCUUGGUGUUUGUUGUGAAUGACUCUGAAGAAGUGGAUGGUUUACAAGAUGCUGGAGUAGCCCUAAUAAGAGCUUUCAACUAUGUGGCUGAUGAAAUUGACAAUUAUCAAGCGUUCCAGACAGUCAUCUCGGUAAGGACCCUAACUACAAAAUUAGGACAGGUUUAUCCUUGGACAUUCUAGGCCAAUGAUGGCUGAACUUGGCAUCCCUGAUGUUUGGGAGUCCUAUUUGAAGACUUAAUGUAGAGGCAAGAUUUUUAAGACAAAAAGUCAUGUCUUUUUUGGAUCCAUUUUUAAUCUAUCCCCAGCCUGUCUUCUUUUUUUAUACCAUGUCUCAGCUUAAAAAUAAUAAACAAAGCCAUUUCAUACUAACCAUACUUUAAUGACAGUGCAAAUAUAAAUAGUUGUGGAAAUAAAAAGCUUACAUGCCAAGUGCUCUAGAGAUGGCCUUUGUAACUGCACCUCACUAAGUUUUAAGUCUUCUCAGUUGCUGCCUAAUGUCUGUCUUAGCCAAUGAGCCAUGUUCUUUAGAAGUGUCUUUUUGAUUUUCUAGAAGUGUCGUUUUAAGAAGUACUUAAUCCACCAAGUUCAGCAGAGCAGAGUUUGCAAAAUAUUGGUCAGUAGAAUAUUUUUUUAACCCUUUUUCUCUGGACAGAUCUACAACAAGGUUCGUGCUGGGGAUAAGCUGAUGGUGAAACACGUUACUGGCGUUCUAGAGGAGAAGUAUCCCUACAUUGAGAUAAGCAGUAUUUUGGGUCUGGACUCUGCAUAUGACCAGUUUAGAAAGGUAUAUGUUGUUUCUUUAUUAUGUUGAUGGAAUAUUUGAAAAUGCAGGCACAUAAGUAGUUGUGGUUCCAUACUGUCACUACACUUUAGAACAAGGAUUUGUUACCGGAUUGAAUGUUUUUGAGUCCACAUAUUUCGAUUUUUGCCUUUGGUUUAAUCAAUAAGUACAUACUUUAAAUAUAACAAGCAAUGGGAAUAAAAUGGUACGGAGAUUGCAUACCUUGCCCAAUGUAUACCUCUCUGCAUAUGGAAUUACUCUGUGAUUAAAAUAGUUUGUAUAGGUUUAAUGUGUUCCAUAGUGCAUUCCAUUCAGCUUAAUAGAGUAAUACUGAGAAUAAAGAAAUGUAAGGCACAUACUGAAUUGUAUGGUUCCCAUUCAAAAUAUAUUGCAGCAUGUGGCUUAUUUAAAUAACAGAAAAAUACUGAAUCCUAGUAUAGCUUUCUAUAACACCAAAUAUGAGUACUCAGACUUCUAAGGCAAUAGGGUUAAAGCAGUAAUGGAUGGGGUCCCCUUCUCACAUCUCUAUAUUUCAAUAUAUUAUUUAUUUAUUUUAUGUAAGAUAUGCGACUCCAGUGUGUGCCUGUGUUGGCUGACGAUAAUACAGAAACUCAGCAGUUGUUUUGUCUUUAGUCACCUAAACUAUUCACCAUACACUAGUUAUUCAGCUCUUAAUACAGCUUUAAUUAAGCUCACAGGUGCUACUCAAGGCCUUAUCCGUUUGGUAGAAAUUAGUUUGAAACUCGCAUUAUUUGUAGUGCCAAGAGACCUUUACGCAGAUCGUUCAGCUAAAAAAAAAAAGAAAAUAGUAUAAACACUGUGCGUUUCAAACAAGAAAAGAAACCGUUCAGACAUUUUAAAGAUAAUUUUACAUGUAAAGUUUUAACCUGCCUAUGGUUUAACAUAUUAUGAUAUGAACGAGAUUUAACCCUUGUUAAAACACGCUUUUACUCAAAAUUUAACAAAGCUUUUGAUAAAAAAAAAAUAAUAAAAAAAAUAAAAUAAAAAAAAAAUAUAUAUAAUAAUAAUACAUGCUAUUACGUUUAGCCUAAUUGCAGGAUUGUUCUUUUUAUUUCAGGAAGGGAAGGAGUACUUUCUGCAGACAGGACUUUCCCCGCUACCAGUAGUAUUGUUUAACGGAAUGCCAUUUCCUAAAGAUCAGCUGGAACCUGAUGAACUAGAGACGGCAACGAUGCAUAAAAUUCUCGAGACCACUAGCUUUUUCCAAAAGGCUGUAUAUUUGGUGAGAUUCACAAUCAUCUCCUCAGUAAUGAGUUCACGUGUCAUUAUAGUAGCAAUAGGCACAUCAUAUUCAUCCUUACUCCCAGUAACUGCACUCAAUAAGCUCUUUACCAAACUGGUAUCGCUAUCACCAAUGUAAAGGUCAAAUUAAGGUGCUCUGAAAAAAUGUAUUUUAUUGUUAAUUGUGUUACAUUUGAAGAACGGUUCACUGAGCUAUUUUCCAUAUACAUAAUGGAAAGGUCACAGAGCCACACUACGUAAUAACCGAGAAUCCUGACCUUACAUUGUCCUAUAUGAAUUCAUGUCUAUAAAUAACAAUAUAUUGAACAUGCUAUGCUGUAGUUAAGUGGGGAGGCUGGUCUUUAGAGUGUCGAAUAAAUCAGUAUAACUUAUAUUGAAUUGUGAGACUUAGAAACCUAGAAUGUGACGGCAGAUAAGAACCAUUCGGCCCAUCUAGUCUGCCCAUUUUUUUUUUUUGACAGUCUUUAUUUAUCCAUUUUUUUUUCCCAAGUAAAGUUGGGGGUUACAGAAGAGAAUAAGGGGAGUAAAGUCAAACAGUUGUAUAGGGUUUACAAUAGCAGUAGCGAACCUUCGCAAUCACAUAGCAUAGUAUAUUCUUGUGUUUAAGUUUGAUGUGGUAGUCAGGAACUGGGAGGUAUGUAGUCUGCCCAGUUUUCUAAAUACUUUCAUUACUCCCUAGCCUUAUCUUAUAGUUAGGAUAGCCUUAUGCCUAUCCCACGCAUGCUUAAACUCCUUCACUGUGUUAACCUCUCUCCACUUUUCUUCUCCAAGAACAUUGAAACAUGGCACCAGAUUAAAAUACUUGCACAGAAAACCUUUAAGUGAAGUUGCCUGUGACAAAAAAAAGGAAACAGACUUUUUUUCUUACUGUUAUCGACUCUAAAUAUUUCAAUACAUGCAUUGAUUUUCUGAAAUGUGAUCAGUACACAUUGGAAUCAACCAAAACACUAAAUUAUAUAUUUAAAGCAAAUACUGCAGUAUGAAAGUACCAUUGAUGGAGUAAUUCCAGCAUAAUGAACUAGCCUUUUGAUAGAUUGUAAAUGAAAUUAGAAUGCCCCACUCAUGUAAAGGUAGCAGGUGUGAAAAACAAUAAAAUGAUAUUUGAAGGUCUCUUACCCUUUCAAAAUGAUGUAUCAAUAUUCGUUCAUUAGAAUAUAACACUUGAACAGUUUGAAGAAGAAUCUAAGUUUAUUAACACAUGUAUUAUUAAAACAAACCGACUGAUGGAAAUAAAAAAAUAAAAAAAAAUAUGUAUAUAAUCAAACUAAUGUUUAAGAAGUUAAAAAAAAUAAGAAGUAUGUAACAUUUUAGAUUUAUUUUUGUUAACAUUGGUAUAUCUAUCUGAACCUUACUAAGUGAGUUGUUUCUUAAAACCUAAAGUUGACUAAUGGAAUAAAAUUGCUGCCUCUUUCACUGAUUUUGAAUGGCUGUUGUAAGCUACAGUUUUCCUGAGGAGAGGUACAUUCCUUUCACUUUAGUAUUUAAAUAGUAAAGUGUGUUUUAAGGGGAUGCCUAUCCGGUGGGAUUUAAUCUCUACAUAUUGCUAAUGUUACUGUAAUAAUCAUCCUGAUUGUAUAUCUUACCUUGGACAGGGGGAAGUAACAAAUGAGCAUGAUGUUGUUGAUCAUGUCAUGAGUCAGCCCAAUGUUGUUUCCAGAAUUAACAUGCGAAUUCUGGAACCAGAGCGACAGUACCUGGAUUUUACAGCUAUUAGUAAGUUCCUUAUUCUUUGUCGUCAUUGGUUCAUAGAAGGAAUCUUCAAGUCUCCUGAAUAUGUUUGAAAUUACUGUACUAUCUCUUCCACUUUAUAUUUACCUUGUUGGAUCCCUUCUGGUGUAAGGCUGGGGUGUUAAACUGCUAGUAUUUCGUCUGACGUGUCCGACUUAGACCAUACCUCAUCCUAUUGUAGGCAUGUUUUUUACCCUUACCGAUUUAAUUUAACUUGUAUCUUGCUUUUAUUGAGAAGCCACAAUACACAUAUUGGUCCUUGUAGGGUUAGGUUUUCUUUUUUAUUGAAUUUGUGUGUCUUGCUUCCAUGCAGAUAACUAUUUUGUGGAUGAUUAUGCCAGAUUCAGUGUUUUGGAUUCCAGUGCCAAGACUGCAGCAGUAGCCAACAGUAUGAACUACCUGACAAAGAAAGGUAUGGGUAUCCAAAGAGCAACUAUAUUCAGCUACUACUGUGAUCAUCGUGCAAGUAAAAAUGUUUUCUCCCUUGUAAUGUUUUUUGACACUCCCUGAGUUUGCAGGAACUGAGUUCCUGUUGUUUUCAGUUAAGUAAUAGUCAACCCAGUGAAAUCUUUACCAUUGUAUUAGAGACCUAUCACUGGAAAUUGUUGGGGGGAGGGGUAGAAAGAUUUUUUGAAAAUUUUUUUUUUUAAAUGAGAUGUUCUUUUGUAAAGAAUACAGGAAGAUGGAUAUUUUAGAAAAUAUUGAUUUUGUGGCAACACAUAGACCUUCUGAAAUGGCUGCUCCCAAAGCAAACGCUAUAGUUAGUGUCAUUUAUUGUUCUGCAGAGCGCUAUGUGUAUUAAGUUGCAGAUAUGUCACUCCAUUCUGAUGCUCAUGUACUGGCAGUCAAGGGCAGCAAAGCCACGCAGACAGCUUAACUUCAAUAAGGUUGUCUGGGUGCAGUGGUCCUGUCACUUUAACCCUUCCAUGAUUACAGGUACAUUCUGUUUUGAGAUAUGUAGAGAGGGAUCUCUUAAAGGAUUUUGGGCCUGGGAAAGAGUUGUGUCCGGGAGGUUAUUCCAUAGCUGUAGGAAAAUGAGGAUCAAGCUGCUUUCUUUUUGUAUUGUGGUAUACUAAAUAAAGUGCUGGAACUGGAUCAGAGGUUUAAAUUACAAAUGCUGCUCAUUAUUUAUUUUUUUUAGAAGGUAGCUGCACUGCAAGCACAGGAGCUUACUGCCGCUGUAACCCCAUGACAUGUCAGAUGUGCCACUGAUCAUUGUUUUUUUUGUUUUUUUAAAUGUGCCUUACACAUCAUUAUUCCCUAAGAGAUUAAUUAGCGUUACCAAUUCGAAAAAACUUGAAGAUGCUAUUUAGACCACCUGAGGUCUUGUGUUGAUCAUAUAAGUCUGUAUUGUGAAGCUCUAAGAUCUAAGCUGUGCACAACAUGUAUUCUCAAGUUAUGCAUAAUUUUUCAUUAUUAUUAUUAUAUAUUUUUUUUUGUCAUUUACUUAUUUAUUUAUUGAGGUAAACGCAUGAUAGUCAUGUUAGAUGUUAGACAUAAAAUAUCAAAAAGCAACUAUGGACAGCAUAUAUAAAUACAGAGAAGCUAUACUUCAUUUUAUGUUAGGGAAAAAAUAAAGAACAUAAUAAUCGCAUUAAUUAGAAACAUAUCUUGGUUAUGUGGUAGCAGUCCAGUGUCCCAGUUAAAGAAGAGUAACAUUGCAGGAUGCUUUCGGGAGAGUCCCUGUCAUGGAUUAACCUUUACCCUCCGUGGGCAGUAUAAAACUAUAGAUUAUGACAGUCAGCCAGGUGGUCGUACGCCCAGGUGUAUGCGCAGACCAAGACAGAAAGAGCCAUAGCUGCACUUUGCAAACUACAGUUGUCGAGUGUUUUUGACCUCUGCUGUCCAGUAUAUAGGCAGCAGCUCGGCUAGGUCCGGAUUCCCGCUUGUAGGCAAGACAGGAAAUCCCGGGGCCCCCAGGUUUGUGGAGAGGUAUGGUCCCCCCUUGGGUGUGCCCACUCCUGGGGCAAGAGUCUCUCAGUGGGAGACUCUGAGGUAAGGUCAGUAUCUUUUUCGCUGUUGCAGGGGACUGCAAUCGACAACUGAGCUUGGACCAGAAUUUUUCAAAUAAAUGAUCAAGUUUGUCCAGAGUAGUAGAUUGCUGGCUCUGGUUGUUGUGUAGCGAAGCAACCUCUGCCAUAAUAUAUAUGACAAGGCAUACUCAGAUUGUUUUUCGAGCCAUGCAGCCAGCCACAAUAAUGUGACACUUGCUAGCAUAAUCCUUACCCUCGAGGGGGUGUGAGAGAUAGCAGGUAUCCAGACACAGACUACUGAUUGUAGAUAGGUAAUGGGUGAAUGGAUCAGGUGCUUUCCUCUCACUUGUAGGUCGUAGAUCUGCUCCUUAAAAUCCCUCUAUUAUCACCAGAGCUGCUUGUUAGUAAUAUAGUUCGGUGCAGUCGGGUCUUAUAAGUAGCUUAAAGUCAGAUAAAUGCAUGCACUGCAGGCAAAAAGUGAGAUCAAUAAGUGAGACCAUUUCUUGCAGUGCUCUCAUUAAGUGUGUCUGAACAGCACGGCAGCCAGGCCCGCCCUGUUGUUGUUAUAAUUAUUAUUAUUAUUGUUUCAAGGCUUUAUUAAGUCAAAAAUCUGUAAUCACAGUAAUACAACGGUGUAGUAAAAGCAAAUGUGAGACUCACAGGUCUCGUAGCAGUGUGAUAGUAUUGCAAUGAAAUAGACUGUAUGCAAUAGACUGUAAUUCAGUAAUAACUAAGAAGAAUGCAACCAUUGAACUGGUAGGUUUUGAAGCUUAGUAUAUGUACUAAAAUUCGAUAUGAGUGACAUGCAUCCCCCUCAAGCACCAACCCGUGUGGAAUUCCCAGAUUUUACUAGUAACAUGACGUAAAGUCAUGAUUUUAUUAAAGACACGGAGGCGAGUAUUAUGCAUAACUCUUUCUUUAUUUCCUCAGCAGCAAAGAAAGAGAAAUAUAAAUAUUAUCAAAACUGAAGAAAAAACUGUAUAGGCACAACAGGUAGCCAAUCACAGGGUAUAGGAAGUAGCUAUAUAAGUCUUGUGUCUCCCACAAUCCCCCUCUUUCUUGCGAACCGAAGACCAGGUAAGAUGAACGAUGUCCCACUUGGUCGAAACAGGGUAACGGGAAACGAUGCGACAAUUUCAAGCUAAAAAAGAUAGAGAAAUAUGGUAAUUUCUUAAUUCAGAACUGCAAACUUACCAAACAUAGUCUUGGGGAGACACAGGUAAAACAGAGUACUGAAAUAUAAAAACAACAGAAUUAGUAUACAGCAUAAAGGUACAACAACCCGUACAAAAAAUGCAAAUCAACUGAUAGGAUACAGACCAAACUGAAAAAACAUACCUGUAGAGCCACCAAGCAUCUCGUACCCCAACUCCACUCCGGGAGGGUGGGAGGGAAUAAUACUCGCCUCCGUGUCUUUAAUAAAAUCAUGACUUUACGUCAUGUUACUAGUAAAAUCUGGGAAUUUUAUUAAAGACACGGAGGCUCAUAUUAUGCAAGUUCAAAGCUGUGCCACCACACGAGAUGCGAUGUGCUCAAUUGGUCUGAAAUAGAAGGCUCGGAAGGUCGAUUCCCGAGACCAAUCCGCUGCUCGCAUAAUGUCCUCUAGGCGACAUCCGACUGAAGAGGCUUUCGAAGCCAUCGCGCCCCUUACAGAAUGAGGCGUAAACACUGAGGUGUCUAUACCCGCGGAGGAUAGCAGGCAGCGCACCCAACGUGCUAGAGUAGGAGUCGAAACCGGCCGGUGAGGCGAUUUAAAGGAUAUGAACAGAUCGUGCAGGUCUGUCAUGCGAAGGGGACGUGUAACAUCCAGGUAGUCCUUGAUGCAAUCCACCGGGCAGAGCGCUGGACAGUCUGAAAACCUAGGGUAUGUAAGUGACUUAGAUGCAGACUUGGUCCUCCUGGAAAUGUCAAAGGUGACGCCUUCUGGGGUGAGUGCAACGGCGUCCCAGUCCAGGGCCCGAACGUCAGAGACUCUUCUGCAAGAAAUCAGGCACAGUAACAUAACCAAUUUGGCAGACAAUUGCUUGAGAGUCAGCUCCAAAUUGGGGUACCAUGAUGAUAGGAACUGUAGCAUCACGUUGACGUCCCAAAAGGCGGCAAAACGAGGUCGAGGAGGACGAGCAAGGCGAAUACCUUUGAGAAGUCGACAGACAAAAGGAUGCUUGCCGACCGGAGAACCGUCUAGACCUUCGUGACCGGCUGAGAUAGCUGAACGGAAAAGGUUGAUCGUGCGGUAUGCCUUGCCCGAAUCAAAUAGGAACGUGAGGAACUCCAGAAUCAAAGGCAGAGGGGCAGAUACGGGAUCCAUUGCCCGUUCCAUGCACCAACCAGACCAUGAUCUCCAUGAAUGUCGGUAAGCUGUCCGUGUACCCGGGGCCCAGGCGUUAUCGAGGAGUCGGAGAGUUGACUGCGAAACGUCUGGGAUAGCCCAAGGUCCCCUGAAAGGAACCAUGCUAUGAGGGGUAGCUGAUGCUGCAACACCAGGUCGUGAGAGUUCCCAUCCGGAUCCAGAAGGAGGUCUUGGAAUACCGGAAGUAAACAAGGGUAGUCUAUGGACAGUUCCAUCAGCCAUGGGCGAGACCUCCAUAGAGGGGUGAUCAAAGCCAUCCGACAAUCGUGGCGGACCAGUUUCGAGAUCGUGCGUGCGAUCAUGUUGAAUGGGGGAAAGGCGUACAUCAGACCCGGUGGCCAUUCCUGGAGGAAGGCAUCUGUCGCUAUUGCAGCCGGGUCCGGCCUCCAACUGUAGAACCUCGGUAGCUGAGUGUUCAGGCGUGACGCGAAUAGGUCCAACUGGAACCGGCCCCACAACCUGUUCAGGCACUGGAACACUGAAGCAUGUAGAUGCCAGUCCCCGGAGUCCCGUAAGUGUCUGGAAUUCCAAUCCGCCCCCGAAUUGUCCAGACCUGGGAUGUGUUCCGCCGUCACCGAAACGUUGUUGUAGAGGCAGAACUGCCAAAAAUCCUUUGCCAGAGUCGCCAACAUUUUGGAUUUCGUGCCCCCUAGGUGAUUUAUGUAACGAACUGCUGAUACGUUGUCCAUCUUGAGGAGAACGCAACAAUUCGCCCUCCCCGGAGCAAGGCUGCGGAUCGCGAAGGCACCUGCCAGAAGUUCCAAGCAGUUGAUGUGUAACGACUUCUCUGUGUCGGACCACCUGCCUCCUGUGGAGACGUUGCCACAACGAGCGCCCCAGCCGUGUAAGCUGGCAUCGGACUCUAUCACCACGUCCGGGGCAGAACCGAAGAUGGCUCUUCCGUUCCAUGCCUCCAUGUGCGCCAACCACCACGCUAGUUCGUCCCUGGACUCCUCGUCUAAUGUUAUCCGAGAUUCGUAUGAAUGACCGGAGCGAAGUCGUGAUCCCUUGAGCCGUUGGAGCGCUCGGUAAUGCAGGGGGCCUGGGAAGAUUGCUUGAAUAGAGGCCGCGAGAAGGCCGAUAAUUCUCGCCAGUUGUCUGACCGACAAAUCUGGAACACGGAGGGCCCUCCGAAUUUCCUUCUGGAUGGCUUUCACCUUGGCAUCCGGGAGGAACAGGAACUGCUGGAUGGAAUCCACUUGAAAACCCAGAAACUCUAUGGACUGGGCAGGGACCAGGACCGACUUGCUCCAAUUGAUCAGAAAUCCCAACUUCUGCAGAAGGUCGGUCGUCCAUCCCAGGUGUGUGAGGAGAUCCUCUCGUGACUGGGAUAAAAUCAAGAUAUCGUCCAGGUAGAUAAUGAGGCGAACCCCCCGGGUUCGGAGGAAUGUCACCACGGGCUUCAUGAGCUUGGUGAAGCACCAAGGAGGAGAGACCGAAAGGCAGGCAGGUGAAGCGCCAACGACGCCCAUGCCAGGUGAAGUGGAGAUAAUCCCGGAACUCCAAAGCGAUGGGGACCGUAAAGUAUGCGUCCUUCAGGUGUAGCUUGGCCAACCAGUCCGAUUGACGUAGGAGAUCUCUGAGGCAGUGUAUACCUUCCAUCUGGAAGUGUUGGUAGCGUAGAAAAGCGUUGAGUGGGCGAAGAUUUAUGACAGGGCGAACUCCGCCUCCUUUCUUGGGCACUAGGAAUAAAUUGCUCGUAAAGCCUGGGGCGGCGAACGGCAACUCCUCUAUAGCGCCCUUGGACAGCAUCUCCACCACUUCCGUGGAAAUCAUCUCGUCCUGCUCCUGAGGGAGGGACAGUUCUCUGGGGGAAUAAAACUGGACAGGCAUGGAAACAAACUCCAGACGAAAACCCCUUACACAUUGUAAAACCCAAGCAUCUGAGGUGAUCUUUGCCCAUUCUUGACAAAAUAAGGCCAGUCUCCCCGCCACCCGAACUUGAGCGUGAGGGAAAGAAAGGGUACUCACCGUAAGGACGUCUGCCAGGGGUACCACCGCGGGGGUAUCUGGAUCCCCAGGCCUGACCUCUUGCCGGGAAGAAGGGAGGGGCCCACUGUUCCUGAAAUCCUCUCGAGGGAAAGAAGGAACCUCUGGUUGCGCGGAAUGCGCCUCGGAAACCACGGCCGGGUGGACGGUUCCUGCUACGCCCGGCCCCUCCGAAAACCUUAGGCGCGAACACGCGCUUCAUGUUAGCCUGUGCCUUGUCAAUAAAGGUCUUGACAUGCCGUAAAGGUCUUGACAUAAGCACCCAUAUCCUUAACGAAGGACGUGCCAAACAGGAGACCCUCCUCAGUUGGAUCAGGCUCCGCCACAGUCAUAGCGGCCAAUUUAGGGUCGAUCUUCAGGAGGAUCGCCUUGCGUCUUUCUGUAGACAUGGCCGUAUUGGCGUUCCCCAGUAAGCAAAUAGCUCUUUGGACCCAACCAAUGGCCACAUCCACGUCCAGGACGGAGUCCCCGGUCCUGGCAGCAUCCAAAAGCUCGUAAAGCUUGGAAAGGGGGCCUAGGGUAUCCAGGAUCUUGUCCUGGCAGCUUUUAAGGGAGUGGUCAAGGCCCUUCUUGGGCUUCCAUCCUGACUUAUUCAGGAAUUGAGCAAUUUGCGGGUCAAUGUCCGGGGUUUUGCAAGCCGCGCCCGGGAGGGACGGGCGUGGGCACUCGGCGCGCAAUUUAUUGCGGCCUUCCCUAGAAAGUGGCGUGCGGAUACGCUUAGCCACAUAUUGGGCGAUGUGAUCUGGGGGAACCCACUCGGCGGACCGAGGAUGACGUAGGUCGUCUGGGUCAAACAGGGGGUUGCCCUGCGGGUCAAGGAUCGAGGUGUCACCCCCCGGGGGAGCAAGUGAGGGGCCCCGGGUAUUGGCGGAGGACCCGGAGGGGUUCACGCCCGUAAGGGGCAAAUCCUCGCCAGAAUCAUCAUGAUCAAAGGAGUCGUACUCCAUAGCGUCGGACUCAUCCUCCACACUCCGGUCGGUAUCCGACCCAAUAUCAUGGGCUCUAGCCCUUUUCCAUAGUCUAGCCUUUUUAGCCCGGCCAGGGGCUCUUUUGCGCGUGGGGUGCGCGCUAUCUGAGACCGCCUCAGGCGUGUCAGUCAUGGCAGGUAAAACCUGCAUCGAGGAGUGGGAGCCGACAUGUUUGGACUUAGCCUUUGCCUUACGGGCUCCAGGCACAGUUUGAGCAGGGGAGAGGGCAGGGGUGGCCAUGGCAGGUAAAAUCAGAGAGUGCAGGGACUGGGAAAAAUUUGAAGAGACAGCACCCAUGGCUGAAGCCAUAGUGGCCUCUAACAUGGCUUGAAACUCUUGGGAGGCCAUGGCACCAUCAGUACUAUCUAAUUGGAAGUCCCCUGGGGGACCAACAGGCCCAUCACCCCUAUCCUGCAUGGUAGUGACAGUGACAGAAUAGACAGUGAGAAUUUAAAUAGUAAAAUAAUAAUGCAAUGGAAAUUAUAUAGGGACCAAACUGACUACAAACAAAGCAGGCUGAAUAACACCAGGGUGUUAGCUGGGAGAGAGAGGGAAGGGUUGAUUAACCCACAAGGAAAACUGAAAAACAAACGUUUUGGCUGGUGUCCCCAGGGAGCAGGGCUACGAGGUGGCCGGACGCACGGCAGCACUGGGAGGAAUACAAAAGACCGCCCCCAAAAUGGCCGCCGCACGAGGGAGGCACACGAGGAAACACUCGGCGGGGGAAGGGGCUCGUGCACCCGCCCGCCGAGCCGACACGCUAUCUGGAGUGAGGGGGGAGGAGAGAAGCGUGUACACCGCCGCGGUCGCGAGGAGAUCGCGGCCGCGGCACAGCAGGUCGGGUCCCGUGCAGAAGCACGGGUAGGAGAGCGGAGGGGGGGGUGGGGACCGCCCGGACGGGGCAGUGACACACCCGCGGGCCCAGAGGGGAGACACCAACCGAGGGAAACAAAAAAUCAGAACAUCAAAACCAAUUCAAAUAAUAAUAAAACAAAUAACAGUAAAACAAACAGCAUGAAAAUCAUAAAAGGAAACACACUGUAAUACAAAUUAAAAUGGAAUCACAAUGCAAGCCAGAGAUCAGAGAAACACUUAUCUGUCUGAGGAAGCAGCAAAGAAAGAGGGGGAUUGUGGGAGACACAAGACUUAUAUAGCUACUUCCUAUACCCUGUGAUUGGCUACCUGUUGUGCCUAUACAGUUUUUUCUUCAGUUUUGAUAAUAUUUAUAUUUCUCUUUCUUUGCUGCUGAGGAAAUAAAGAAAGAGUUAUGCAUAAUAUGAGCCUCCGUGUCUUUAAUAAAAUUCGGUUACAAAGUGUUCCACCAGCAUCCCUCAGUGGUCGGCCUGACCCGGUCAGGUAGGGUCCCCAAGGUUUCUCACUGCUCAGCUGAUUGGUUAGCUGCCUGAGUGUUUUAGUGUGGGUGACCAAUCCUAGGGUUUCCGGAGAGUGUAACAAAUUCUCGGUGUGUGGCAUAGGCUGUAGUCAGGGGUGAUGUAAAUGCUUUUGUGUGCCCCUCCUUAAUUAUUAUUAUUGUGUUUUUUUAUUAUUGUAUCUGUGUAUGUUUAUAAAGUCUUGUCCUUUUCUUACCUUAAUGCAUUUUUUCUUUCUUUUUCUGCAUCUCUGCCUUUCUUUCAUCUCCAGGAAUGUCCUCCAGGGAGAUUUAUGGUAAUCUGAAUUAUGACACUUUAGCCACUAAUAAUAGUUUUCUGCCUGUUAAUCUGCAUGUAGCAGUUCCUGCUCCCAUCCAUAAUCCAAACCGGUAUGGCCAGUGCAGGGGUAAUUCAGGUGGAAGGGGUAGUUCUUUAAUGUCUCCCAAUGUCACCCCUAAUUUAAAGCUGCCUCUCAUGUUGCAGCAGACCGUAAAUAUACAAUAUCCAAUGCAUUUUAUUCCAUCAAAUGCGGAUUCAUAGCAAUGCUUUUACAAAGAGAACUAUCUAAUUUAUUGCAUAUUUUGAAAUGUUGCACUUAGAGAGAGUACACUGCGUUUUUGUGAAAGAAAAUUUUUUUUGCUUUAAACUUAUUAGGUAAUAAGACCAUGAUUAGCUCCAAGCAGAAGACUAAAAUGACUGUUCUAUAUACACAAAUCAGCAGAUUUUAGUCAAACAUAAUUUUGCUUCCGCUCUGGUUCAGUGGUAAUAGAUGUAUGUAUGCCCACCAAUGAAGAUUACGUGGGAGAACAGGCAUGAAUGUGUUGCAAAAAACCCCAGAGAAUAUGAGAACUUGCCUUUGAUUAGUCUCCACUCAGGUUGCGAAAAUGGUUUUUUAGAACCUAUACAAUUUGCAUAUCAGACUCAUCCCACCUAUAAGGGCAAUCCAGAACCAAAAUGCCGGCAAAUUAUCUCUACACGAGACAUACGGCAACACCGUUGCGGAAAAAAAAGAAAAAUCUGGUUUUGUUGCAAUGUGUUGGCUUAGGCCAGGAGUAGUCAACCUUUUAAUACCUACCGCCCACUUUUGUAUCUUUGUUGAUGGUAAAAUUUCCUAACUUCCCACCAGUGCCGCAGUAACAAAUUAUUAUUUUUUUAAUAUAAUUUGUAUUUUGAAAUAAAAACAGUAUCAGCGCUUAGUUAAUAUACCCCUAUUUUUUGUAUAGGGGUCAACAACGAAAAUAUAUUAAAUAAAGAGUCCCGGUUGCAAUCUUCAUGGGGUGCUUUCAAAUGUCCGCAGGGAUUUGAUAGUUGUAACAGUAAUUGAUGUAAAAAGACUUUGUCUUUAUAUGUAUCCAACCUUUAAUCAAAAAGAUACUGACAUAAGGUUCACAAUAAAAGCGUAGAAAUGCAGAAUAUUGGUUGGUGAAUAUAGAGUUACCGCUCAGUGGAUGUUAAUUCCAGACCGGCCCUGUGCACUCGGAUCGAUAGGUAUCUUGAGAAAGCUUGUUUGAAUGAGCGAAACGCGUAGAUCGUGUUUCUGGCAGGAUUUUUGAAUUUGGAGAGACUGCAGCAAUACUGGUUAGUUGGCGUCUCAGUGAGGAUCGAUCCGAGUGCACAGGACCGGUCUGGAAUUAACAUCCACUGAGCGGUAACUCUAUAUUCACCAACCAAUAUUCUGCAUUUCUAUGCUUUUAUUGUGAACCUUAGAAAUAAGUUUCACCACUUUUUAUUGUAAGAGUUCCUCUUAUGGGGGGAUUACCGUAUGGGAAAUAAAGUAUUGUAACUGUAUCACGCUAUGUCAGUAUCUUUUUGAUUAAAGGUUGGAUACAUAUAAAGACAAAGUCUUUUUACAUCAAUUACUGUUACAACUAUCAAAUCCCUGCGGACAUUUGAAAGCACCCCAUGAAGAUUGCAACCGGGACUCUUUAUUUAAUAUAUUUUCGUUGUUGACCCCUAUACAAAAAAUAGGGGUAUAUUAACUAAGCGCUGAUACUGUUUUUAUUUCAAUUUAUGCCGUGUAUGAUGUUUUAAAACUUGGGAAGGUUUUUAGUGUAUCUGGCAGCUUUGUAUAUCAACUUUUUCUUGUGGAUAAUUAUAAUUUGAAGCACCCGCUUAGAAAAUCCACUAUUUUACUGAUUUUCUUUUGCACUCUCUAUAAACCUGUUUUUUUCAUAAUUUGUAUUUUAUUGGAGUUUGUACACACAGUAUAUACUUUUCCAUUAUAUGAGUCAUAAAAGGAACUAAGUUACAAUGCAUUGGGUUUACAAACAAUGCAACAAUCAUGGCAUCAGUAGAAUGGAGUUAAACUAAAAGAGCAUUGGAAGGCACCAAGUUGCUUGUAUUUACACGGAAAACCCGACUCAGUGAGGUUACGAAACAAUGAUAUCCUCUGCUGAACUGUUCUAAGUAUGUAAGGUCAGUUUAGGUGAGUAGGGCAGUUGGAAUGGAGGAUUGAAUUAAACGUAAGAAGAAGCACAUAAAAAGCAAGAUAAGAAACAUAAAAACAAAAGGUUGAAUGCGGGUUAGUGAUAGCGACUCAAAGGAUCAACGACAUCCAUCAUCAGGGUGCUGCAGUCAAGGUGUCCACCUAGGCAGUGGCUUCUCAGUUAGCUUGCUGUGCGUGUUGGGUCAUUUCCUCUUUGGCGUUUUCCGUAGGGCUUUGUGGGUCGACCCUGGGAGUAUGGUCGAGGCUAGCAUGUCCAAGCACUUGAGGAAUGUCUCUGGUUCUUCUUCGGAGCACAGAGUGAGUACGUCGGUACCCUAUUGCACCAUAAGUUAGCCUUCUGUGCUCCAAUGGUAACGAACGGAGUGCUCUCUCAGUCUCCUAGCAACCGGUGACAGUUGUCUCCUUCCGGUAAGGACAGAAAAUGGAAGGUCACUACAUAUGGCUACUUUGCAUCCCUCAAAGUUCACAGACCCCAGUGGUCUGGAACUAGCCAUAAUGGCGGCUCUCGAUGCUACGGUAGUAGCUAUGGUGUCUCCGGGGGCACCUGUGACUUGUGCACCCGGUAGGUGGAUAAAAUAAGUGGGGUGUCUGAGUUACGCUUGAGGCCCAUGGAGGAAGUAAGCCUCCGAAUGAAGGGCAAAAGGUCUUCUCCGCCCACUUUUAGGAAUACCCCUGAGGCGUAUGUUGCGGCGCGCAAUCUUGUAGGGCCGCAGCGAUGUAGGCCUCUGAAAUGCAAGUCUGAUGUCGGUUGCCGCGGGACGAUCCAUAUGGAUUUGCUUUCUAUGUUUGCGUCCUAUCUUGUCAGGUGGCAGGUAAGCUGUGUGGUUCUGGAGCAAAUUUCUCUGUAUAGACACUCUUAAUCUGUGGGGCCAAAGCAGAGCUCCACAGAUAUGCGACUGCUCAGCUUCAUAGUCAGCCAUGCCCUCCCCCCCCACUGCAGUAACAAAUAUAAUAGUGCAGAUGUGAUUUUUUUUUUUUUAUAAUUUUUAUAAGAAAGGAGGGUUUUUUUUUAAAUAUGUACUUAAAUGUAUCUAUUUUUUUUUCUAUGUGGGUGAGGAGUGCUGUGCGUAUGCGAAGGGUUCUGUGUGCGUGUGAGGGGUGUUGUAUGUGAAGGGUGCAUAUGGUCUAUAAUGUGUGUAGGUGGGUGAGAUGUGAAAAUCUAUCUUAAUGUCUACCCCUCCCUUCCUCUUACCUUUCACCAGGGAGGGUGGACAAAUUGCUGCAAGUUCUGGUGGUCCAGUGAUGGCAUGUUCAUUUUAGCCUGCAGCUCCUCUGGCUGCAGGCUGACUCUCUUGUCCUCCUGCGAGCACAGCACUGUAUCGGUGGGGGGGGGGUGUUGCUAUGGUAACGCGCCAACCAGCCAUCUCGUGGGAGGAACACAGAACACCCCCUUCCCUCCCUCUGCUGGAACUAAGUGCCCACCCCUCCGGUGAGGGAGAUCUUUGAUCUAUUCACCAGCCCGAGAGGGCUUACAGCAAGGCUGGCUCUGUAUGGACCGGCAGGGGAGAUGAAAGGAUCUCCCCUGCCGGCCUUGGUCCACGGCCAUCGAUGCCCACUGGACGUUUUCUGCAAAACCCACCAGCGCCCACCUGAAAUCCCAAACCACCCACUAGUGCGCGGCAGGGACCAGGUUGAAUACCCCUGGCUUAGGCUCUUUCUAAGUUAAAAGGGUAAUCUAGACAUGGACCCCGUGCUCACAGUGCUUAGAGGGGUAUCAGCUACACCUCGCUGAUGAAGCUCAUAGAAGGCUGAAACGGUUGUCCUGCCCUCUUUGCCAUAUCUCUUGUGCAGAGAGAUCUUGCCAGCAUUUUGAUUCUGUGCUGCCCUUAUGGAUGGGAUAAGUUUGAUAUGAAAAUGGUAAAGAAUCUCUUUGUAAUGGCACAAGUGAGCAAAAACUAUUUUGAGACCGGAGCUGGGACUAACAGAAGGGCAAGCUAUUGAGCUUAUUUAAGCUUUUGUCUGUUUUUAGAGUUCUCAUAUGCUCUGUUUUUGAUGAAUAAUAUGUUAUCUGAUGUUUAUUUAACCACAGUACCAGUUAUGUUAUAUUUUUCCUCUCUGUCAGUAAUAUAUCUGAGUUCUCCUAUUAUGCCAGUUCUGUUCUAUCCUACCUCUCUAACCUGUUCUAUUGUGAGAAUUCUGUAACUACUAUCUCUGUAUGUGCCAUUUGUUCGAUUCCGCACCUCUAUGUGCCUAUCUCGGCAUGCCAGUUCGGUUCCACACUAUCAUUUUAACAAUUGUAUUUUCACGUAUCUUGCUACUUCAAUUUCUCUACCCAUGUGCCAAGUAUAGUGUAGCUCCCCUUUGUAAUUCAAUUGUAACAAAUCUCUUCAGUAGAAUACCAUAUCUAACAAUCUAACAGGAAUAACAUUUAUUAUGUAUGAUUAUGCCACACAGCUAUGCCAGCUGUAACACGUUAUGAGAAUGUCAAACAAGAUUAGACAUAUUCCUUGUUUUCCCUCCAACAAUUUUAAUAAUAAUGAAUUUUUUUUUUGGUGACAGACGAUUCUUUUGUGAGACCAGUCACAUUCUGGAUUGUGGGUGAUUUUGAUAAGCCAUCAGGACGUCAGCUUUUAUAUGAUGCAAUUAAACAUCAGGUAAUUUCUCAUCCCCUGCUAAUGCCAUUUGAAUGGAUCAUUUCAAUAUUGAAUGAAUAUAGCUUUAUAAUAAAAUCAGAAUGCUUUCUAAGAUCACAUUGAUAUAUGAGGCCAUUAAAUGAAUGCCUGAAUGCAUUUUAAUUUGGUCUCUCGUUCUUGUGUUUUUGUUUCAUCCUUUGAAACAGAAUAUAUUUAAUUAGGCAAUACAUUUUCUGUGCUAUGUUACUUGAUUACAUUUGCUUCCUUUUAUUAGUAAUUAUUACUUGCAUGUAUAUGAGUCCAGCCAUGAAACCAUGUGAAUUUCUUUGUGUUGCUACCUUCAGACUAUUUCCUGUUUUAAACUCGGAUCUUGAUUAACUGGCAACGAGAGCAUAAAGCUUUAAUUUACUCAAUUAACAAAUGCAACUAUUCACAUUGAAGCCAUUAUUCUCAGUGUAAAAGAUCUACAUUUCUCAAAGUUCUUACAUUAUUAUAGCAUACCGGUUCCUACUAUAUUAUCACCUAGUAAUUACACAUUAUUGAAGUGUUGGGCUCCUAGAUUUGUAGCAAAGAAUAUCUGUAUCAUUAUUAAAAUGAUUUAAACGAUUAAAAUGCUGGAUAUCUGCAUCAUUGUGGUAAAACAUAUCACAGGAUGAGCCCAUUAUUAUAGUACACAAUUCCUUUAUUAUUUUACAAUAUUAGAAAGAAAUGUAUUCUCUUAGAUUAACAAGCUUUUGCUUGUAGCCACUACCAAAGCGACCUGAAAAUCCACUCCUUUAGGACUUUGUCAAAGAGACAUCUCUCUCUGUAAUUGUUAACCUGAUAUUUUAGAGCUGGAGAGGGUAUCCCAGCAUCCCCAUAUUAUUCUAGAAUGUGUGUUUGAUGGAUUCUGCUACAAAUAAGAGAGUUGCCUAGUGCAAUAUCAGCAGGUCUAGUUUAUACAUCAUGCAUUGUGUACUCUACAUGGUCAUAAAUAUUUUUAUGCAUUGGAUAUAGUUGUUGUAUUUUCAGUGAUUUUAUCUAAUAAUUGUUUUCUUUCCUGGCCAAUGCAUUUAACUAUUUAGAAAUCCAGCAACAAUGUAAGGAUUGGGAUGAUCAAUAACCCCAGCCAGGAUCCAUCUUUUGAGACCACUCAUAUCGGAAGGGCCAUCUGGGCUGCUCUCCAGACUCAAAGCUCCAAUAAUGCCAAGAACUUCAUUACCAAGAUUAUUAAAGAAGAAAAUGCCAAAGCUCUCGAAGCGGGACUGGACAUAGCGGAAUUAGCUGUAGGGGUAUGUGUGUGAAAUUUUAUAUUUUCCAUACUUUGCUCUGCUUUCUGAUAUAAUUCAAUUCAUGUACUGCUGUUUUCUUAGGCAAUUAAACAUUUUAAGUGAACUUGUUACUUUUGGGAAUAAGUAUUUUUGAGAGCAAUAAAACUCAUAAUGAUGUUUGUUGUACCAUUUGUUACUAAAAUAAAAAGAACAGUUUCCUUUUGAUUUUCCACAUCUCAUUUUAGUACAAAAUUUACUAUAUACAUAUAACGUAUGUUUUAACUCUAGCAAAAUAUUUUUAGAUUUAUAAAGGAGUUAAAGUAUGUUAUAAUCCGUAAUAAAACACUUACAGAAAAAAACACCAUUGUACCAUCUCAAGAAGAAAUGAAAUGCUAUAAAUACGUAUGUAAUCUGUCCGAUAUAUUGUUAGAUGAAUAUUUGCUGACCCUUGUAAUGACUGUUUUUAUUUUCUCAUGUUUUAGGGUAUGGAUGUCAGCCUGUUCCGAGAAGCAUAUGAGUCUCCCAAAGUUGAUUUCAUAUUAUCUCAUGCUGCAUAUUGUCGUGAUAUUUUAAAACUGAACAAGGGAGAAAGGGCCAUUAUUGGCAAUGGUAGGGUGAGUACUGAUUUUCAUUAGGGUCUUACCUUGAAAUAUAUUAUUUAUAUAGAUCUAUUCAAUCCAUACCAAGGUAAGGUAAGGGGACUUAGUAAACUAACAUGCAACUUUUGACAGAGUGCCUCUAGUACUAGCACAAUCGCACGUGGUCACUAAAAGUACAAAUCUGUUUAUUUGUCCACCUGUAACUGGAACAUGCAGCAUUUUAUACUUGCUCAUUUAAGUACUGAAUUUUGAGCAGGAUUUCUGUUACAGCCUUUUCACUACUAGUGGGCCUACCACUAGACUUCAGACAUGUCCACAGUUGGGUCACGGCUGAAUAGAUUAUCCUAGUCCACAUUUUUUACAAGAUAAAAAAAACGUCAAAGCAUUAUAACAACUACAGCUUAGUCUAAUGACUAGAGUGCAAAAAAGCUAUUUUUUUGUUUCCACUGUAACUUAUUUCUUUUCCAGCUAUAUUUACGUGAAAUUUAAACCUUUUGCAUGUCUCUUACUAACCCACAGCCAGUUAUCAGCUGGACGUAAAUGUUAAGCUACUGCAGAAGUUAGUUCUUCAUGGUACAUAGAAAGGGGGAGGGGUAAGAAUACAAGGAUGUGUCACAAAAUUUGUCAAACCGAUCCGAAGACAAACCGUGUAACAAAAAUAAAAUAGCAUCCUAACUCUAUUUUGCACCAUAAUCAUUGCACUAAUCCUUAGUGAAUAUGGUGCUCAGAGUACCCUUUUAUAUUUUCUCUGAUUUUAAGUUUUGACAACGGGCAGGGGGAUUCCUCAAUCUUUCCUCUUUGUUAUAUCUGUUAUUGUUAUCUAAUAAAUAUAUAGGUCUGAUAAACAGAAAACAUUUAUAAUUGCAGGUCCACAUCAGAUACUAGUUAUUAUAAUAGGCCUUUAGUUAAUAAACAAUUCUUAAUUUAAUAAUUUUAAAUGGUUCAUGUUUCCAUUUAGUAUAUAUAACCAUGUAUAAAAUAACUUAUUUUUAUUUUUUUUACUUUAAUACAUAUAGAUUGUUGGACCAUUAAUUGACAGUGAAGUAUUUAAUCAGGAAGACUUCCACCUUCUGGAGAAUCUGAUUCUCAAAACCUCGGCACAGAAGAUCAAAUCGCACAUCCAGCUUCUUGGAGUGGAAGAAGAUCUGUGAGUGUAACUGUAGAAAUUUCAGAAAUUAUUGGUACCAAAUGUUUCCAAACAUAGGUGUUUCAGAAUUUAUUUCAGAAAAUACAGACCUGAAAGAUGGUCCUCAUAUUAAAAUCUAUUAAUAUGUAUGUCUUAUUGCAUCUAAUGAACUUGCAUGCAGAUUGCUUGUUUGUAUACCUAAUUACGCCCAAAAUAUUUUGAGUAUGAUUUCCAAUCCUAAUUUUUCAGAUUUUAUGUUCUGAUAAUUCAACCAAUAAUGUGUAUAUUUUUUACAUUUUUAACUUGUAUGGUUUAUAUAAACGAUGACUUAAUAUGGGGGUGUCAUGUCAGGUUCCUAGAUGUUGCAUCCUAAAGGCAAAGCAUUGUGUCAGUAUAUCUGCAACAGCUAAAGGUUGGCAAAGCAUCCAGGCAGUCUUAGCUCUUUUUGCACAUGCUAGUUUUAGUCUUUUGAUGGCUGACAUCUGACACUACUUUUCCUAUACAAUUGUGUAUGAGCCUAAUGGGGAACGCCUGCAAAUUCCGUGCCAAAGAUUAGCAUCAUUGCUCUGUUUUCUGUAAUACAGCUUUCUCUAGACUUGUUUUGAGCUGUUUGAAUUCUCAGUCUUACGGUUCCAUUCAAAUUCAACAAUGUUUUGAUAAUGUAGUAUGGAGCUAUCUGAUAUAAUUGUUAACCGGAAAUAAAAGACUAUUCUGUGAAUAAUCACAGUAUCAUACACAUUGCAUUUUUAGAUCCCAAUGUUCUCAAAAAAAAUGUGUUAUAUUUUAACCUUGAUUUCAAAAUCUCUCCCGUUAUCAUGUUGUAGUGCUAGUGAUUUGGUCAUGAGAGUGGACUCUCUGCUGUCCUCCCAACCAAAAGGAGAAGGAAGAACAGAAUACCAGUUACCUGAAGACCUGCACAGGUAACCUUGAUAUAAUGGAAUCGGAAUGAUCGGAGUAUUCAUUGUGUUAGUUUGUUCCGAUUACUCUAAUAUGCUGCUGUAUUCUGUUGCUCAUGAUUUGGUGCUUUAAAUGAAGCUGUAAAAACAGAACCUGGUUUUGUGAAGAGAUAAAUUAUAUAUUGAGUUUUUUUUUCCUUUAAUGCUCUUUUUUGUUUUAAUGUCUAUUUGUUCAUGAAUAUACAUUUUUACGCUUUAUUUUUGUUGCAGUUUUAGCUCAUUAUGUCAUUCGUUGUCUCUCUUUCUCUCUGUCUAGUGCUGUUAAGAUAAGACCCAAAGAAGGAGUGACCUAUUUUGAAAUUGUUGCUGUAGUGGACCCCGUUACGAAAGGAGCACAGAGACUGGCCCCACUCCUCUUGGUAUGUCCAGUAUUAUAGAAGUAUAUUUCGCUCAGUCUGUUCUUGUAUGCAUUACCUGGCAUGCAUUAUUCUGCACUAAAGGCCAAAUGUCAUUAUCAAUGAAUCAAAUACACAAAAAAGUGGAGCACCAUACAAGUAUUGUGGCAGGAUGGCCAGGCUCUUGACAAUAAACUUCAAAUGCAAGCGUCAGGAUAAAAUAGUAUUGGGGUUUUAUUUGCACUUUUCACAAGGUACACAAUGCUGUGCUUCACAGAAAUAAAUAAAUCCUACUCCAUCUCGGAGACUAACUAAACAAUAGUUUUCCUAUCUAUCCAACAGGCAAAUAAACCCAGUUCCCAGUUUUUCAACAGUAUAACACAGCACUUUAAACAUGUAGGCUUUUGCACAGCACCUUUUUUCCUUUAGAGUCUCAGUAUUAACUGCCUCCUUUCUCCCAGCUGUUAGACUCCCUGACCUUUUAAAACACUCUAGUGCAGGUUAUUUACAUUCACCUCAAAGGGCUGACUUCAUCAUGCUUGGAAUAUAGAGCUUUUCAACCUGUUACUAACAUAGAAAGCCUUUCUGAUCCUGCCACAAUAUACAUAUACUUACCUGUGAUAUAAUUCAACAGAAAGUUUAUGGUAAAUAUAAAAAGAGAAAGGAAAAUAAUAGUGCAAAAUUGUCUGUACACAAUUGACGUUUGUACGUGAUAUGUAUGUAAACAUCAGUUGUAUUCAGACAAUAUUGCACUAUUACUUUCCUUUCUCGUUUUAUAUUUACCAUAAACCUUCUGUUGAAUUAUAGCAGAGAUAAGUGUAUAUAUAUAUAAACUAUAGAUGUAAAAAAUAGCUCAAAUUUGUAUCUUGUAAUACCUUUUUUAUUGGACUAACAGAAUUUUUUUAAUGACAAGCUUUUGGGAGAACCUCCCUUUCUCAAGUCUGAAGCAUUUCUGAGCAAGACGACACAUAGAAUUCAAAGUUGAGUUGUGAUACAGGGGUUAAAGCGACAUGAGUGCAGAUAAGACAGGUUUGAUAGAACACCAUUCUUGCAGAGGGUCGUAAAUAUCUUAUAUGAAGAUCACAGAGUGAGGGGCGAGAGAGAGAAAAUAAAACAAGUGAACAGUGCAGAAGAUUGUGCUAGAAGGGGGGAGUAUUAAUAUAAAGAAUGCAUGAAUUCCCAUCCAAGAGUUACAGGAUAUGCAUGAAGGCCUAUAUCAAGCAUACACAGACACACGUUCACACUCGCACUCAUGUACAUAUACACAAGUAGUGCAUAUGUACAGGUAUACACAAGAACAUGCACACUAUACACAAGUACAUAUAAAUACAACAAAAUGCCCAAAUAUAUGUACAUGAACACCUACACAUACAUCCACACACAAGCACCAAUACAUCUACCUACACAUAUAGCAAUGUGCCUACACAUACAUAGACUCAUAUAGAAACAUAGAAUGUGACGGCAGAUAAGAACCAUUCGGCCCAUCUAGUCUGCCCGAUUUUCUAAAUACUUUCAUUAGUCCCUAGUCUUAUCUUAUAGUUAGGAUAGCCUUAUGCCUAUCCCACGCAUGCUUAAACUCCUUUACUGUGUUAACCUCUACCACUUCAGCUGGAAGGCUAUUCCAUGCAUCCACUACCCUCUCAGUAAAGUAAUACUUCCUGAUAUUAUUUUUAAACCUAUGUCCCUCGAAUUUAAGACUAUGUCCUCUUGUUGUGGUAGUUUUUCUUCUUUUAAAUAUAGUCUCCUCCUUUACUGUGUUGAUUCCCUUUAUAUAUUUAAAUGUUUCUAUCAUAUCCCCCCUGUCUCGUCUUUCCUCCAAGCUAUACAUGUUAAGAUCCUUUAACCUUUCCUGGUAAGUUUUAUCCCGCAAUCCAUGAACCAGUUUAGUAGCCCUUCUCUGAACCCUCCUCUAAGGUAUCAAUAUCCUUCUGAAGAUACGGUCUCCAGUACUGUGUACAAUACUCCAAGUGAGGUCUCACCAGUGUUCGUACAAUGGCAUGAGCACUUCCCUCUUUCUACUGCUAAUACCUCUCCUAUACAACCAAGCAUUCUGCUAGCAUUUCCUGCUGCUCUAUUACAUUGUCUGCCUACCUUUAAGUCAUCAGAAAUAAUCACCCCUAAAUCCCUUUCCUCAGAUGUUGAGGUUAGGACUCUAUCAAAUAUUCUGUACUCUGCCCUUGGGUUUUCGUCCAAGAUGCAUUAUCUUACUUAUCCACAUUAAAUGUCAGUUGCCACAAUUCUGACCAUUUUCUAGUUUACCUAAAUCAUUUGUCAUUUGGCUUAUCCCUCCUGGAACAUCAACCCUGUUACAUAUCUUAGUAUCAUCAGCAAAAAGACAUACCUUACCAUCAAGACCUUCUGCAAUAUCACUAAUAAAAAUAUUAAAGAGAAUGGGUCCAAGUACAGAUCCCUGAGGUACCCCACUGGUGACAAGUCCAAGCUUCGAAUAUAUUCCAUUAACUACAACCCUCUGUUGCCUGUCACUCAGCCACUGCCUUACCCAUUCAACAAUAUUUGAAUCCAAACUUAAAGAUUGCAGUUUAUUGAUAAGCCUUCUAUGUGCAACAGUGUCAAAAGCCUUACUGAAAUCUAGGUAAGCAAUGUCUACUGCACCACCCUGAUCUAUAAUUUUAGUUACCCAAUCAAAAAAAUCAAUAAGAUUAGUUUGGCAUGAUCUCCCUGAAGUAAACCCAUGUUGUCUCUGAUCUUGAAAUCCAUGUGUUUUUAGAUGUUCAUCAAUCCUAUCCUUUAACAUGGUUUCCAUCACUUUCCCCACUACUGAAGUAAGGCUUACUGGCCUAUAGUUGCCCGACUCCUCCCUAUUACCUUUCUUGUAAAUGGGCAUAACAUUCGCUAACUUCCAAUCUUCUGGGACUACUCCUGUUAACAAUGAUUGGUUAAAUAAAUCUGUUAAUGGUUUUGCUAGUACACCACUAAGCUCUUUUAAUAGCUUUGGGUGUAUUCCAUCAGGUCCCAUUGACUUAUUUGUCUUUUACUUUUGACAGUUGAAAUAGAACCUCUUCCUCUGUAAACUCACGUGUAAUAAAUGACUCAUUUAUCCUUUUUCUUAACUGGGGUCCCUUUCCUUCAUUUUCAUCUGUAAAUACAGAACAAAAAUAUUCAUUGAGGCAGUCGGCCGACCUUUAUCCUCUUCUACAUACCUUCCUUCUUUUGUUUUAAUCUACUAUUCCUUGUUUUACUUUCUUUCUCUCAUAUUACAUCUAAAAAAUGUUUUAUCCCCCUUUUUUACUGACUGUGCUAUUUUCUCUUCUGUGUGUGAUUUGGAAGCUCUUAUAACUUGCUUAGCCUAUUUCUGCCUAAUUUUAUAGAUCAUUUUGUCUUCCUUACUAUUGUUUUUUUUUAUAAUUCCUAAAUGCUAACUUUUUGUUUCUAACUAUUUUGGCCACAUCUGUGGAGUACCACAGUGGUUUCUUGAAUUUUUUGCUUUUACUGACAAGCCUAAUGCAAUUUUCUGUUGCCUUCAGCAGUGCAACUUUUAAAUAAUCCCAUUUCUCUUGGACUCCACUUAAAUUGCUCCAAUUUGAUAACGACUCCUUUACACAUAUUCUAAUUUUUAGAAAAGUCUGUUUUUCUAAAGUCUAAAACUUUGUUUUAUUGUGGUGUGACUCAGUCUUGCUGUUCUAUAUUAAACCACCAUGAUAUCGUCAAAUCAAUUCCCUUCAUUGUCGUACGCUUUAUUUUCUCAACUAAGUAGGUUAUCUAACUCUUCAAUUUGUCCUGGGGGCCUAUAAAUCCCACACUUACGGUUACUGUGUGAUUGCCAAAUUCUAACGUAACCCAAACGGACUCUAUGUUUGUCUCACUAACUUUUAUUAGGCUAGAUUUUAUGCUAUCCUUCACAUAUAGGGCCACCCCUCCCCCUUUCUUGCCUUCCCUAUCUUUUCUAUAUAAAGAGUACCCUGGUAUUGCUAUGUCCCAGUCAUUUUUCUCAUUAUACCAUGUCUCAGUAAUAGCGACUAAAUCUACACUAUCAGUUGCCAUUAUUGCCACAAGUUCAUGGAUCUUUUUCCCUAAACUGUGAGCAUUUGUAGACAUGACUCUAAGCUUAUCAUUUUUUAACACACUUGCUACAGGCACCUUCUGUCCUUGUUUUGGGGGACAAUUGGAUUGAUGUUUUAUCACCCUUUGCCCCCCCCUCCUAGUUUAAAUACAUCCUAGCAAAACCUCUGAACUGCUCACUGAGAACAUUUGUUUCCCUUUUGAAGGUCACAAACCAUCUUUUUUUUGUGCAGCUUAUCUCCCAUUCCAAACAGGCUACCAUGAAAUAAGCCAAAUCCCUUGCUCCGACACCAUUCCUGUACAAAUUAAAGUCCCUAAUACGCAUCCGCCUGUCAUUCUGAGUGUUAUGCACAGGCAGAACUUCAGAGAAUGACAGUGUGGAAGCAACUUGCCAUAUAUCAUUGGCAAAAACACUAAAAACUUCCUUAACCUCUGAAACCUCAUUGCAAGCCAAGUCAUUUGUCCCUGGAUGGACAAGUACAUCAAAUUCCCCUUCCUGCUUUGCUUGCUUAACAAUAUUACAGAUACGUCUCCUGUCUCUGUGAGCAGUAGCUCCGGGAAGACACCUCUGCUAAGACCACCAUUGUCCAUCACCACACCUCUUAUAAUGGAAUCACCCAACAGCAACUGCUUUCUGGUAAGGGCCUCACCACUUGGUCUCUGAAGCGGUCUCCUAUACUAAUUCUACAGUGCUCUCACGGCUUACCACAUAGCCUCGGUGCCUCUCUCCACAGCACCACUAGCCUCCGGUGCCUCUCUCCCACAAACACCACUAGCCUCGGUGCCUCUCUCCCACAACACCACUGGCCUCAGUGCCUCUCUCCUGCUUAAUUUACACUCUAGAAGAGGGGUGCAGAAAAUGAAUUAUGAAGAGCAACAGACUGUGCAAAUGCCUUUUAUCCACAACUCUAAGUCUACCAGAUCCUACAGUAAUCCAUCUGCUAUUCCUAGUAUGUCUCUGCGGCAGUGGCUUUGCAGCAGUUCCAGUCUGAGUUUUUCACCAGAUAAUUUACAAAUCUCAGACUUCAAAAAUACAAUCUCCUGCCAAGAUAGAGAACUGUCUACAGAUUAGACAACAACCAAACCUCCAAAAAGUGGAACGUGAAACAAAUGCAUAGCAAUUGUUACACUGAACUAAGUCUGCCAUUCCAAUUAGGAGAAUUUAAAUCAACAAAUCUCAACUUUUAUUUAUCCUCCUGAAUACCUCAGAUUACCUCCAGGUUAUCUCCAGAAUAUCUCCAACUACACAUGAAACAACACUCUCCAGAAUAUCUCCAACUACACACUUGAAGCAACACUCUCCAGAAUAUCUCCAACUACACACUUAGAAACACACUUAGAAACAGCACUCUCCAGAAUAUCUCCAACUACACACUUAGAAACAGCACUCUCCAGAAUAUCUCCAACUAGACACUUAGAAACAGCACUUGGAAGUAGCACCAAGCUAUAUUAGACAAGCUAAUGAACCAAGCCUUAUAUAACUCCUUAAAUCACCGCCCACUAGGAAUGUUUAACACCUGGGUAGGCCUCUGCUUAUUUGCAAACAAUAGCUAAUUAACCAGCAAUCAACAGCAAGUAACUAGCUUAAUCAAAUCAAAUGCCUUAUAAUUACCAACAGGAAUUCAAACCUUGGGCAAUCAGUAACCUUUUCCUACAGAUGAAUCUUACCUGUAACAGUAGAAAAGAAAGCUCUUAGCACAACUCUUAGACAGUUGAAGCUUCUGUAAAACUCUCCAGAAUAUCUCCAACUACACACUUAGAAACAGCACUUGGAAGUAGCACCAAGCUAUAUUAGACAAGCUAAUGAAACCAAGCCUUAUAUAACUCCUAAAAUCACCGCCCACUAGGAAUGUUUAACACCUGGGUAGGCCUCUGCUUAUUUGCAAACAAUAUUUGCAAACAAUUUGCCUUUCAUCUAAGGCAAAGAAAAGGUUUUUUUACAGUAAGAACAAUAAGGAUAUGGAAUUCUCUGCCUGAAGAGGUGGUUUUGUCAGAGUCCAUACAGAUGUUUAAACUGAAAUUGGAUAAAUACUUACAAAAACAUAACAUACAGGGAUAUAAUUUCUAAUUAGUGGGGUAAUAGCUGAUUGAUCCAAGGAGACAUCUGACUGCUAUUUUGGGGUCAAGAAGGAAUUUUUUCCUAGUUUGUGGCAAAAUUGGAAGUGCUUCAGACCAGGUUUUUUGCCUUCUUUUGGAUCAACAGCAACAACAUUUCUGAGGAAGGCUGAACUUGAUGGACGCAAGUCUCUUUUCAGCUAUGAAACUAUGUAACUAUGUAACCAGCAAUCAACAGCAAGUAACUAGCUUAAUCAAAUCAAAUGCCUUAUAAUUACCAACAGGAAUUCAAACCUUGUGCAAUCAGUAACCUUUUCCUACAGAUGAAUCUUACCUGUAACAGUAGAAAAGAAAGCUCUUAGCACAACUCUUAGACAGUUGAAGCUUCUGUAAAACUCUCCAGAAUAUCUCCAACUACACACUUAGAAACAGCACUUGGAAGUAGCACCAAGCUAUAUUAGACAAGCUAAUGAAACCAAGCCUUAUAUAACUCCUUAAAUCACCGCCCACUAGGAAUGUUUAACACCUGGGUAGGCCUCUGCUUAUUUGCAAACAAUAGCUAAUUAACCAGCAAUCAACAGCAAGUAACUAGCUUAAUCAAAUCAAAUGCCUUAUAAUUACCAACAGGAAUUCAAACCUUGGCAAUCAGUAACCUUUUCCUACAGAUGAAUCUUACCUGUAACAGUAGAAAAGAAAGCUCUUAGCACAACUCUUAGACAGUUGAAGCUUCUGUAAAACUCUCCAGAAUAUCUCCAACUACACACUUAGAAACAGCACUUGGAAGUAGCACCAAGCUAUAUAUGUACACAUACACCUAUUCAAAUAUACAUACAUGUAUAUAUUCAAUUUAUACAUACAUACACAUAAAUACAUGAACACAUACAUACAUGCACAUGAACUCAUAUACACAAAUAUAAAUGCACAGUCACAUAUAUAAGCAUACAUGCAUAAGAGUUUGGAAAAGAAUAGGUCUACACACAGUACUUUGUAUAUUGAUAGAAUAAAUAUAUUGGAAUGGAUUUUAAAAUGUUGAUACAUAUGACAAAACAGAAAGAUAAUGCUGGGAGAGUGUUCCUGUAAAGUGUUGGUAGUGGGACAGGAAACCCAAAUCAAUAUGUAGUCCUCUAUUCUUGCUGUUAAACAAUUUGAUAAUUCUGGCUUCAAAUGUUUUUCUUUCUUUGGUAUUUUUUUAAACUCCCUUUCAGUACUUUGAUUUUUAGGUCCUUCAGUGAGUGGCCAGGCUGGGUAAAGUGGUGUCCCACAGGAGUGCAGUACGAUCCUUCUUUCUGGUGUUUAAUGGAGUGUGUCCAUAUUCAUUCUGCCAUUUAAUGGCUAGGAGGUGUCCCCAAUGUAGCAUCCUAUGUGGCAUUUGCUGCAUUGAAUCAUGUCACAUUGCUGGAUGUGCAGGAGCAUGAUCCUCUAAUGCUGUAGGUUUUAUUGUUGUGUGUGGCUGUGUUGUCUGUGCAUAUGUGCUGACACAGUUUGCAGCGAUAAUUUUUGCAUGACUGGUCCCGUUUUCUUUAUUCUUCCCAUCAGUGGGUAGCUUCCUGUUGAUUAAUUUUUGUUGGAGGUUUGGUGGUUGUCUGAAGGCCAAAAUGGGUGUUUCAGGGAAAAUGUUUUUUAGGGUCUCAUCUUCUGUUAACAUUGGUUGUAGGUCUUUGAUUUUCCGUAUUUCCUCAAGAGCUGGGUUGUAGGCGACCACUCGUGUUUAUAUAUUUUUUUUCUCUCUGUACUGUAGCAGGCGCGUGCUUGGAGUUUUUACAGCAGAGUUGAUUUGUUUGGUAAUAGUCUUUGGUUUGUAGCCUUUCUGUCUCAUAGAUUGGGAGAGUACAUUUAGAUGGGAAUUACGGUCAUUAGGAUCAGAGCAUAUGCGAUGGUACCUAGUGGCUUGGCUGUAGAUGAUGCCCUGUUUAGUAUGAGAGGGGUGGAAGCUGGAGCUGUGAAAGUAACUGCACCUGUCUGUGGGUUUUCUGUAAACCGAGGUGUGGAUUGUGCAAUUGUUACAUGUCACAGUAGUGUCCAGAAAAUUCACAGAGCUAGUGGAAUAUUCAAUUUUUAGUUUGAUUGAUGGAUGGAAUGAGUUAAAAGAGUCAGUUUUUCUUCGCUUUCAGUCCAAAUUAUGAAGAUAUCAUCGAUAUAGCGAUAAUAAUUGUAUGGUUUGGAGUGCUGUAUUUCUAUGAAUCUCUGUUCAAGAUUUGCCAUAAACAGAUUAGCAUAUUGGGGUGCCAUCUUAGUGCCCAUAGCAGUGCCCUUGGUUUGUAGGUGAAACUCACUGUUAAAACUGAAAUAUUUAUGUUUGAGGAUGAAUAGUGCCAGUUCUGUGAUAAUUCGGGGGCUGUGUUUUUGGUUGUCGGCAUAAGAGAGGAAAUGGAAGCAAGCAUUGAUGCCAUCUGUAUGUAUAUAUACUCCACCUUUUGUGUAUUUGACUUGUUGAUAUUGGUGUGUGGUUAAGGGGAUUCCACCUAGGUGUCUGGAGCACUUGGACUGAUACAAUUACACACGGUGUGUUAUUGUUAUAUCGUCAUUAUCAAUGAGCUGAAAACUUUGUGUGAGAGUAUAGAAUAUUUAGUUUUAUGUUGUCUUUAGGUUGACCUUAGUUUUUGCUCUUUCAGGUUUUGAGUCAAAUUCUGAAUAUGAAUUUGCGUGUGUUCAUGAACUGUCAAUCCAAGCUGUCAGAUAUGCCUUUGAAGAGGUAAGAGCGACAUCAAAAUUAAAAAAUUAAAACACGUGUUUUUUUAAACAUGCUUAGCAAGAACAGACAUUUCAUUUAACAAAUACUGAAAUCAUCUGCAAGUAUCACACUUGAUCUUGAACAUUUCUUAAAUGUAUACUCUAAUAUCUCAUGGUUUUGCGCAGUCAUAAGUUUUUUGCUUUAUGUUUUUUAAAAGUAAAUUAAUUUGAUUUAUUUUAAAAUUGAAACUGCCUGUCUGGCUUUCCUGGCACAAUCAUUUCAUAUAAUGUAAAUUAAUAUAAUUUCCAUGGUGCUUUACAUUUGGGCAGUUUGAGAAGAAUGCCCAAGCUCAAAUGCAUUUUUCUCAGCAGCUUACAUGAAUGUGCCUUGGAGUAUUCUAGGACAUCAAACCGAUUAUAUCUGCCAUUUACCAUACUUUGGGACAAAAUGUAUAUAAAUAGAUAAUACCGGUAAUUUUUUUUUCUAUCAAUAUAUCUCUGUAACUAAAUACAUUUUCACUUAUAGGUUUCUUAACAAGUGUUUUUUGUUUUUUUUGGUGAUAAAUUAGCUUUUACAGAUAUGUUUUGGAGCCAGAGAUUUUGUUUACUCCAGAAAAGAAAUUGGCACCUGGUCCACUUGCUGUAUUCUUAGAUAUGCCCCAGUCACCUCUAUUCACUCUGAACCUCAACACACCAGACAGUUGGAUGGUGGAAUCGGUGCGCUCACCAUACGACUUGGAUAAUAUCUACUUGGCCGAGGUAAUACUACAUCCCAUAGUUAAAAAUAAAAAAUACAAAGUCUACUAGAGAGGAGGUAUGAUGGAAUUUAGGGAAGGUUUUAUAUAAAACUGAUUUAUGGAAAUUAAUGAGAGGUGACAACUGGAACUGUAAUGGGAGUGUUAUACUGCCAAACGACACGUAAUGUAUAAAUAUGGAGUGACUUGGUAGAACUAAUUAUGUUUUAAUAAAUGAGAGUUAUCUGUUAUGGUUUCUAGUGUUUUGCACCAAGUAAGGGCAUUCUCGUAGGUUUCUUGUUAUGUGUAUGUGUUCUAACAUGGAUUCGACCUGAUUGUAAUUCCUGGUAUCUGACAUGACAUUUAAGUCUGCAUGUUAUUUCUAAAUUCAUCAUCAAAGUUUGUAAGAAACUUGGGUCCAUAUGUUAAUAUUACCCAUCGUACUGGUAUGCUUUGUAUCAACCUUGGAAUUAUGAAAGUUGAUGUUGCCAUGAAUCAAACCUGUUACUCUAAAUAGUGAAGGCCUCCUACCAAGCCAUCUCACUGGCAUGCAUAAUAUCCUCUGUGUACAGAGCCAACUGUAAUUUUACAAUUUAGUAAUUUGUGAUCUCCUUGGUGAUAGGUGGACAGUGUUGUAACAGGUGAAUUUGAGUUGGAGUACCUGCUCUUAGAAGGCCAUUGUUUUGAUGUCUCAACCGGUCAACCUCCCCGAGGGCUUCAGUUCACUUUGGGGACACCCACCAAUCCUGUGGUCGUGGAUACAAUUGUUAUGGCGAACUUGGUAAGUGAAUUGUUGAAUGAUCCAAAUUGUUAUUAAAGGAUACUUGUAUUCUUUGUUAGAAGGAACACUAUAGAGUUAGGAAUACAGACAUGCAUUCCUAAUGCCAUAAUGAGCUACUAAUUAUUUUCAUGACCGGAACCAUACGGGACUAGUCUCUACGUGGCCAACCCUCCACCCCUGGCUGAGUUUACCUUAGCCAAUCCAAUACUUUCCCAAAGGGAAGCUAGUACGCACACGCCUGUGGUAAAGCACCACACUACGACAGUCAGCAUCUCCUCGUAGACAUGUAUUCAUUCUAUGCAUUUCUAUGGGGAUCAUUUAAAUCUCAUACAGACGCUGGAGAUGCUGAAUGGUGGUCAAACAGUCUUUGCAAGAACGAAACCAGGAAGUUCCUCUAGUGCAGGGGUAGGCAACCUUUUAGCAGCACUGUGCCGAAAUAUGAUUGUGAUGUCCUGUAGCGUGUCAGUCCUAUUUCUUUAAAUUUUGGUGUGCAUGUUGCCAUAUUCUGCUUGUGUUAUACCGCAGUAGCUUUGUAUCGUUGUAUUUGUGCGUAUAUGAGCUAUUAUAUUGUAUAUGUUCAUUAAUAGUUUGUGGUAUCAUGUAUAAUACCUAUGAAUUUGGGCUGUGUAUGGGGGCUGCUUGUGGAUAGAUAUGCCACAUUGUGUAUUUGGUAGUGUGUGUAUGUGUGGGGCUGAUUGGGGUAUCGCAUGUGAGAGGCUGCAUGUGGGGUUGUGUCUAUGUAUGUGGAUUGUUGGUGGUGUUGUGUUUGUGCGGACUGUUUGUGUGUGAGCUGUUUGUAAUAUUUGUAUGAGGGGAGAGUUAUUCUGCAGCUCUGUGUAUAUCUAGUUGUGUGGGAGGCUUCCCUGGGUUUUACUGGGGACCAGGCUGGCCAGGUACAGCUCAAGGACAGAAGCUGCAACAGGAAGCUGUGGGCUGCUCUACUCCAGUGUGGAUUCCCAUUCACAAGUGCUGGGAGGAAGUGAUCAAAGAUCACUUCCUCUACAUGCUGCUAUGCUUAAAUGGAGGAUUGUCCUUCACCACCUUUUUUGUAUUAGCAGAUAUAUGAAGUUUCACUGGGACUCCUGACCGGCCCUGAGCCUGUUUGGCUCUUGUAGCCUUGGGUGCCGUGCAAAGGCACCUCGAGUGCCAUGCAUAGCACUAGUGCCGUAGGUUGCCUACCCCUGCUCUAGUGGCUGUCCGAGUGACCUAGGCAGAAGUGGCAACAAUGCCUUUGUCAGUAAUCUUGCAGGGACAGGCUAAAUGCUUCAGAACCACUUCAUUAAAGGGACACUAUAGUCACCAAAACAACUUUGGCUUAAUGAAACAGUUUUGGUGUAUAGAUCUUAUCCCUGCAGUUUAUGCAACCCUAGUCACACCUCCCUGCAUGUGACUUGCACAGUUUUCCUAAACAUUUCCUGUAAAGAGUCAUCUAAUGUUUAUAAUUCUUUUAUUUCAAAUUUUGUUCAAUUUAAGUUUUAUUUUCCACUGCGCUGUUAAUAGCUUGCUAGACCUUGCAGGAGCCUUCUGUAUUUAAAUUAAGUUCAACUGAUAGUUCAGGAGAUACAAACUUUUAAAGUAAGUUACAUGUGGUUGAAAGUAAACCAUUUUUUUCAAUGCAAGCUAUGUCAGUCACAGUCAUGGGAGGUGUGGCUAGGGCUGCAUACACAGAAACCAAAAAUUAUUUAACUCCUAAAUGGCAGUGAAUUGACCAGUUAAACUUCAGAGGCAUGAUAGCGCAUCUUUUCUUCUUCUACAAAUCCUGACAGUGCUUUCACACAAAAGCACACAUUUUGCUUAAUCCAUAAACCAGUCAUCAGUAAAAUAUAUGUGAUGAUAAUAAAAAAAUAGUUUAAGCAUUUACUGAAAGAGAUUGAGCUUGAAUAACCUGGUUGGACCAACCCUGUAAUUAUUAACAAAAACGUUUGAAAGAAACCACUUAAAAUGGUUCAGCAUUCAUUUGUUGGUAAUUAUGCAAUGUUUCGUCCAAGAGUUGGUCUUUUUCCAGCCUAGAAUAUCUGUUAAAGGAACACUUUAGGAUCAGGAAUACAAACAUGUAUUCCUGACCCUAUAGUGUUAAAACCACCAUUUACGUGGCUUGCCCUCUAUAGCACCCUUGGAAAGGGUUAAAGCUUACCUUUUUUGUGGGUGGGGCCAAAUAGCAUCUUCUUAUUGAGAUGCAUUGAAUCAAUGUAUCUCUGUGAGGAAAGUUCAGCGUCUCCAUGCAGAGCUUGGAAACACUGUACAGCACUGCCCCAGGAAGCAUCUCCACUGGCCAUCUGAGAACUGUCCACUGGGGGUGUCCCUAGGCUUUCAUGUAAACACUCUGAAAAUAGUGUUUGCAUGAAAAUGUCUGCAAGGACUGUCUAUACUCACCAGAACAACUACAAUGAGCUGUAGUUCGGGUGACUAUAGUGUCACUUUAAUAAAAGUAGUAAUAAUCAUACUAGGAGCAUUAUAUCGACUUUUACGUCAGUACCUGACAGUUGUAAUUAAAUACUGUUAAUUAGGACAAUAAUUAUGUUUAUAACGGGUGUUUUCGGUAUUAUUGUUUUAAGGGUUACUUCCAAUUGAAAGCCUAUCCUGGUGCAUGGGUCCUUCGCCUCAGGAAAGGCCGAUCAGAAGAGAUUUACAAUAUAUACAGGUAAGUGAUUGUGACCUAGCGUUAUCCAUUAUAAAUAUUAUACCGCCCAGGGAGCGUUUAUAUUAACAUGGUUUGCUAAAUCAUAAACACAAAGAAGCUGUAUCGAACUUUCCCUCUUCUCUCUUCUAAUAAACUGAAAAUGAUUAUUAAAUGUACAUGUCUAACUCUGCUGUUCUACAAACAUUUUCAUAUGAAUUUACAGAAGAUGGUAACAAUUAUAUUAAUCUUCCAUGCAAUAUGUAAUCCUAAAAUUCUGACAACAAAGAAGAUAGAAUAAUCCUUAUUCCCAUUAAAUCCUUAUAAUUCUUAUUUCCUUUAACCCCCCGUCCCCGUCUGUCAGUUGGACAACUGGUCCUGAUACUUCCUAGUUGUUUAGCUCAGUGUACCUAAACUCAAGAGGCUUAAUGCACUUUGUCACUGUGCCUAGACAAAGCUUGAUGCUUGUGGUCAUCAUGCAGAGAUAUGCCUUUAUAAUCAUGUGCUCAGGUUCCACAAAUAUUUUCCAUCUAUUCCAUAAUAAUAAAAUACUACCUCUGUGCUUUGAUUGCAGCCACGAAGGAACAGAUUCUACUCCGGACGCCUCCGAGGUGGUAGUUGUUCUACAUGAUUUCCGUAGCAAAAUUAUUAAACUCAAAGUAAGUCAAAUUUGAGCAGAAUUUCUACAACACUUCUUCCUGUCAUAGCAAUGGUUUACUGAAUGACAUGGCUGUCCUAGGAAACAUGGGUCAGUUCACAUACAUUGGAAGCACAUUGUGCUUUCUUUUUGUGGUUCAUUUAAGUACAAAUCACUGUGUGAGCACAUUUAUUGCACCCUUCACUGAUGCAUGUUAGUUAGAAUAUAUAAAUAAUCUGUUAAUAUUUGCUGUUAGAGGUAUUUGAUGAUUGCCUGAUAUUGACUAAAUGUGCCUGAAAUAUUUGAUCACUAAUAGGGCACUCUGCUCAGUGACCGAUAAAAUAAGGACAUUAACUGUUAUCCUGUUCUUGAGCAAUAAGUCUCCUUUUGAUUUGGCAGGUACCUCUAUGUCUAACAAACAUGAUACAUUUGAUAAUUUUGCUAAAAUGUUUGCCUUUGCACUUGGUAUGUGUAUAUAUGUCUUAAUGGGUUUAACCCCUUAAGGACCAAACUUCUGGAAUAAAAGGGAAUCAUGACAUGUCUAACAUGUCAUGUGUUCUUAAGGGGUUAAUAUAAGUGUGAAAGAUUUGUAACCUUUUACACAGCACAGAUAGUGCGAGAUACAGAAAGGCGAGGAUUGUAGUUCUAUAAAGUGAUCUAAUAAAAUGCCCACUUUUUGGGCUAUUUGGUACAGCUGGUACCUAUAGCAACAUUUAAUACCCAUAACUUUAAAAGAAGGUGAGUUUGCCAAAUGUAUUGCCAGAUAAAACUUUAAUCAUGUCAUCAUAACCACUAGUCUGGCUCAGUUUCUAGGUAAUGGGGCCUUACCUGGGUUACUGCUGGCUUUGAUGCUCCCUGGUGGUUCGGUGAUACAGAGCCGUAGAAACCGUAUUCCGUGGCCGUCAAUAUUCAAUACAACUGCCGUCACAUUCUAUGUUUCUAAUAUAAAAAGUAGAGGGACGAAACUUAUGUCAAGUUGUACCCAUGAUGGUGGAGGGUGAAUGCUCCUGAUCUCAGGAUUGACAUAUCUCUAAGAGUCACUUUUAUAGAAUGGGAGAUCCAAUGUUUCACUAUGUUUCAUAGUGAUAGGCUGCAGUUACAGACUCCAGGCUCUAUGACCACUUCACAUCACUGAAGUGGUCAUUGUGCUUGGAGCAACCCUUUCAUAAAGAUCUAAUUGAAAUGUAAAUGCAAUCGAAUAAAAUACGUGACAUUGGACUCCGAGUCAGUAUUUUCGGGUGGAAAUAAAUGCAAAUGAUUGCGAACUAUGGGAAAUGUAGUCUACCUGGCAAAAGUGCUAAUUUUAACACAUACAGGGUUAUUUACUAAAGUGAGAAUUACCAGUAGUCUAAAGGGAAUUUGAUGGCCAUAACAGUUGCAGAGUAAGAACAGGUUUUCAGCUGCAGGAUUAAUACAGAGGGCUUACUGCAGCGGUUUCAUUUCAUUGCAGUGUAGUGGUCUGUGUGCCUAUAGUGUCCCUUUAAUUUAAACAUUUCUCCAAGUCAGUUCUAUUAUCAGGUUGGCUAUUUUGGCCUGUUAUAUGAAAUUUUGUUUGAAUUUCUGGCAAUUCUCACUUUAGCAAUUAGUGCUUCUUGAGUACCUGUUAAUUGUAUCAUCAUUACAACCAUGUGCUGCUUCAUGAAGCACAAUGUGUUUCGAUGCCUCAGGGCACUUUGAGAGUUCUGUUUUCUUAAAUGGCUUAUUAUGUGUCUCUGCAGGUCCAGAAAAAGCCUGAUAAAUUGGAGGAAGAUCUACUGAGUGACGGUACCAGUGAGAAUGAAUCUGGCUUCUGGGAAUCAAUCUCAUGGUAAAUGUUUUAUUACCUUUCAGAGUUAAAGUAUGUCUUUUUUUUUCGCUUUUAUUUAUUAAAUUUUCAAUAGACAUGCAAAUAUAACUAGAAAAGCUACAAUUUCUGGGGAAAUUGUGUGAAGUGUUCUUGCCUCCACCAGUAGUCUACAACUGGAGUGGGCAAAGUAAUUGUUAUCAUUUAUAUAGCACAUUUAAUUGCAACUUUUUUGCACAGUUACAUUAAACCAUACAUUUAUUAAAACAUUAGCAGGUGUUCAAAAAGCCCUGUCUAUGACAUCACUUGCUGCUGCAGCCUGGCACAGGUCAGAGUAUUUUGGCGGUUGCCAUCUUCAAACGGUCUUAUUUUAAAAACUAUAAAUCCUACAGCGAAGAGCUUUAUAUUGUGAGACUCACAAGACACAGACCUACAUUGUGAUGCAUAGUAUUUCUCUGAAGUAUUAAAAAUGAAGGCACAGUCGCAGUUUAGAAAUUGCACUUCAAAUUUGAGCUUUGUAGAGUGAAGUUUCAAUGAAUGUCAAUGGACGGCGUUAGUUGCAAACAAAUGAUUAUAUUGUGAAAACUAUCAGGACUAUGGCUUAGCCGUUGACAUGUUUAGUGGCAGCAGGGAUAGCUGAGCGUUUUGAUAUAAGAUUUGUGUAGGUGGGCCUGAAAAUAAGGGAGUGGUGGCAGUUUAGAAAUCAUGUCCUGAUUUUUCAGCUUUUGCCAGCUCCCACUCUAGCUUUGCCAUUCAUUCCUAUGGGACAAAUUUCGCCACAAGAACGACGAUAUUCCGUGAACCAUUCGGCGAAACGUUCCACAAAUUAAUAGCAAUCCGAUCGGGAACAAUCUGCACGUUUUGGUAAAUUUUUGUCUAUGUAGUGUAAAAACUGUGGGAGGAAAAGGGUGGCAAAUUUGACUAUAAUAAGAAUAAUAAUAUAUAUGUGAGAUAACAAUAAGUGGUCUUGCUAUGCAAGAACACUUAAUAAUAUAUAUGUGAGAUAACAAUAAGUGGUCUUGCUAUGCAAGAACACUUAAUAAGAAACAAAAUAACAAAAGACAAAUAUGACAUCCAUGCAACAACAAGCCAUUGCUCGCAUACGCCCAUAUCUAACAGGGGAUGGUCUAUGCCACUAUCAUCUGACUAUUGCAAUCCACUUCUCGGUGGUCUUACGCAUUCCCAGCUUCAUAAUGAAUGCGGCGGCGAGGCUCUUCUUCUUGUCUGCCCGUACCUCCCAUGCCUCCCCUCUCCUCUUUCAGUCCUUAUACUCGCUUCCUGUAAGAUAUAGGGCUUAAUUUUAAAUCCUGGUUGUUGCUUACAAAUCUCUGCACUACGCUGCUCCAACCCUGCUAUCCUCACUGAUUCAAAAGUAUGUCCCGUCUAGGCCCCUACGCUCUGCCAAUGAUCUGCGUCUAUUCGAUGUUCCUACUCCCACGUCUAACGCGCCUCCAAAACUUUUCUAGUGCAGCACAAUCCCUGUGGAACUCCCUUCCCUGCUCUGUUAGACUCUCACCCAGUCUCAGUUCCUCCAGAAGACCAUUAAAAACCCACUUCUUUAGGAAAGCAUUUCAAUUAAACUGUUAUUCCUUUCCGGCACAUUGGUAACCCAAAAAGAUAUGGAAGGGCUGCGCCAAAUAAGGGUAGAUAGUCCAGUAAAGUAUUGCUAGGGUGCCAAUAGAUGGUCUAGGAUACUUGAUAGAGUUCCUCUGUGGAUGCGUCUAGUGUAGACCUGUUCCGUAUAUGUAAAUACAAGAGAGGUAGAGGCGACUAAUGGUAUAGUAUGAAAGUUCAGGGUGUGAUAGGUAACAAAAAGUAGAGAACUCACAUUCAAGAGAGCUAUGGCCAGCUCUGGUGUGGAUUGCGUACAGCGGUAUAAUCCCCGCUUAUGGGAUAUGUAGGGAGGGGGUCUCCGUCAACACCGUCUGGUAGUCCAGAACUCGGAAAAGAAAGACAGAAAGCAACAAUAGUGCUCUCAAUUUUGAUGUGGUUCAAUGUGCAGAUAAGAAGAGGUAAAAAACUCACAUUUGAGGGAGCUAUGGCCAGCUCUGGUGUGGAUAGCGUACAGCGGUAUAAUCCCCGCUUAUAGGAUAUGUAGCGGCGAUACGUCCGUCAGCACCGUCUGGUGAUCCAAGGCUCCAAUAUAGAAGAAUAAAAAGCAGCAAUAGUGCUCUCAAUUGUGAUAGGUUAAGAGAGUAGUAGAGAAAAUAAAAUAAUACUCACAAAGAUAGAGCAGAGGUACUGCUCUAUGGAUAGGCGCCGGUGGUAUGAUCCCCACCUAGGAUUUCUUGGAGUACUGGAACUUUAAAAUUGCCAAUGGAAGUAAAAGUAACCAGGAAAGGUUAAAAUGCCAGGAAUAGGUAAAAAAAAAGUUGUUUAAAGUGCAUAAAGAGUGCAAUAAAAAGAGGAUUGGUACAAUAAAGUAGCCAAAAAACUUUUAUUGAUCUAAAAUACACAGUAAAAUACAGAAUUAAUAACCAUAAAUGCGUUUCACCAUAAGUGGCUUCUUCAGAAUGGGAUAAAAGUAGUAACCUGGCAGGGGUUGUUUAAAUAGGGCUAUGUUAAUUUGAAAAUUGCGCCAAAAGUGUAAUUGGCCAAUCAGAGACAAUUUUUAAAAUCACUUUUCAAAAUUAGGAUUCAAGAGUAUGGGAGUGAUGUUAUAAAGGUGAUGAGUCCAUUUAAAUUAUUUAAAUGUGAAAACGAGGGUGAGAAAGUUGUUUUUUAAAGAGAGAAAAAAAUAAAAUAAAAAAAGUUGUUUGAUUAAAGUAAAAAAAAACAAAACACAUAAGUAGAUGGUUUAAAGGUACAGAGAUACAGAGAUAUAUGUAAAUGGAGUAUGCAUGAAAAGGGGGUAAUAUAAUCCCAAACAUAAUGAUUUAAAUAGGGGUUAUAUUAUACCCCAGAGUAAUAAUAUAUUACAAAUGUUAAAUGAAAAUAAUAGAUAAAAUAAAAAUAAAAAUAAAAUUAAAUAAAAGAUAACACAGAAUACAAGAUACAUAAAUGGAAAGGCAUAGAUGAAAAAUUAAAACUUAAAAGAUUAUUAUUAUGAGGGUUGGUUAGGUCCAGACAUAAAGAAUAAAAGCAUGUAGAUAAGGGUUGUAUAUAGGAAUUUAAAUAAAAUUAAACAGGUCAAAAUCAACAUUUAAACCAGAUGGGGUAAGAGUUUUUAGAUUAAAACCCCACUCCAUCUCAGCUUUACCUAAUAUGUUCUUGAUGUUACCACCUCUCCAUGGUAUUAUACAUUUUUUUAUGCCGAUGCAUUUAAGGUGUCUUAUGUCGUUAUUAUGUGUACAAAAGUGUUUGGAGACUGAGUGAUUCAGGUAGCCUUUUUUGAUAUUUCUACAGUGUUCACUCAGUCUCACUUUAAGACUUCUUGUGGUCAUCCCUAUAUACUGGAGACCACAAGGGCACUCCAACAAGUAGAUGACAUUUUUGGUAUCGCAACUGAUAAAAUCUUUACUUUUAUAGGUUUUGUUGGUGAUAUUUGAUUUAAAACUGGUGGUUUUGGAAGGGACGGAGGGGUCUGUAUUUUGCAUACAAUGCAUCUUUUACAUUUAUAAAAGCCACUGGCAUUGGGCAUAAAAGAAUUAAAAGUAGGUUUGGUUUCUUUUGUAAAAUUGGUGGUUAAAAUGGAUUUGAAGUUUGGGGCACCUCUAAAGACAACAUUAGGCUCGUCAGGUAUAAUAUUUUUAAGUAUUUCGUCUUCUUUUAAGAGGUGCCAAUGUUUUUUGAUAAUUUUUUUGACAUGGCCACUUUUGUUAUUAAAAUUGAAAAUAACAGGAAGGGGCAUGGUGUUGGUGGUGGGUUGGGUAUUGUAAGUUAGGAGGUCUGCUCUAUCUUUUUUGGUGAUGGUAUUUAUAGUGGUGUUGAGGCGGGUUGGGGAGUAAUUUUUCUCAAUAAAUUUUUGUUUUAGAUAAUUUGAUUGUGUGUUAAAAUCUUCUAUUUGGGAGCAAUUCCUUCUGAGACGAAGGAAUUGGCUUUGAGGGGCACUUUUCCAACCAAGGUUUGUAAUGGCAGCUAGAUCUUUCGAUAGCUGUGUUGACGCAGACUUUUUAAAAAAUUGUUGGUAACCCACCCUGCGUCCUCUCCUCUAGCUUUGUUAUCCAAUAAACUAACCAUUCACUGUAAACUUUUCCAGUAACCUUUUUUACAUACAUGGAAUACAUCCUUCCCUUACCUCUUGUGCCACUUUACCCCACUCCCUCUUGAAUGUCUGCUUGUUUGAGCAGUGCCCUCAACACCCUCUGUUCCUGUGCGUCCAGCUCGUCUUGUUGCAAUAACAUGUUCACUAGUCCACCUAUUGUACAGCGCUAUGGAAUUUGUUGGUGCUUUAUAAAUAAUAAUGUAAAAAUGUAUCAGAUCAUAUCUUCCCCUAAAAAAAUUCUAAUUCCCUACUUAUUAAAAAAAUUUUAAAAACAUUUUAAAAAUACAAAUACACGUACAUAAACAUAGAACUAAAUCAGCCAUCGAGAGUUCCCCAAACAUUGAAUCAGUAUACCCAAUAUUAUCAACUUUGAUCCUUUACUCCCUUUGCAUUGUAAUAUUUAGUAUCUUUUAUCAUACUUAACUAUCUAUCCCACAUACAUAAAUCCUUGGUAAGGCCGGUCAUUUUGUUAAUGCCUCUUUUCAUUAUAAGUUGAAAUUGUAUUUGAGAGCUAAGGUCAGAUACUGUAAAAUCUUUUCCUAUUUUCCAAUUUCUCACUAUCAGUAUCUUGGCAGCAAUCAAGCAAUGAAUAACUACCAUAAGCUCUUUUUUUCUUAUUUUAAGCCAUUGAAGAUGUAACAGCAUAACUUCUUGUUUUUUUUUAGGUACCUUUACUUUAUAUAAUGUUUUGUACCCAGAGCCAUAAAGGGGGCCACACUUUUACAAAACCACAAAAUGUGUAAACAACUUCCUCUCUUGGUACCACAUCUCCAACAAUGCUCAGCAUUACUAGGGGAGAAUUUUGAUAGUUUAGAUUAUUAUUAUUAUUAUUAUUAUUAUUAUGAUUAUGAUAUUUAUAUAGCGCCAUCAAAUUCCGCAGCGCUUUACAAUGGGUGGACGAACAGACAUGUAGUUGGACACACAGGAACAGAGGGGUUGAGGGCCCUGCUCAACGAGCUUACAUGCUAGAGGGAGUGGGGUGAAAUGACACAAAAGGUACGGGAAGAUGGAACCAUAUACCAUUUAAAAUCAAUUUAUAAUGAGUUUCAACCAGAGAGAAACCGUGGACCUAUUUAUUGUCUUUACCGAAAGAGGAAAAUCAUUCGUCCUCCUUAAUCGUUACUUUUAAAUUGUUUUCCCUUUUCUUAAUUACUGAGGGGACAGUUUUUGGCUUUCUCAAAAAAAAAAAAAUAGAUUUAUCUUAUUGCCAUAAAAAUAUCCUUCAUAGUUAUGAAUUUCUUAUUCCUUUUGGUAAAUCUUUUUUUAUUAUGAAUGCUUUAGAACGUUCUACUUGCAAUUAGUUUAUAUGGCCACUGGGUGUCACUCCAUAAGUCAAACAUCUGAAGAUUAAAGGGAUAUAAAUACAGCACCUGGGAUUAGUUUAGACUGGUUAGUAUGCAGAUGAUAUUGUAAGAGGUGUUUGUAUAUAAAAUUGCUGUGCCGGUGAUAUUUAAUCCUGAUUUCUAUGGUACUUGGAGGGUGAAACAAACUUGAUAUUCUACCUUGCUUUUCUCCUUACAGGGGGCUUACUGGAGGACAGAAAGCGGAAGAGGUAAAACAAGAUAAAGAGGAUGUGCUUAAUAUAUUUUCCUUGGCUUCGGGACACCUUUAUGAGCGAUUUCUUAGGUGAGACACACUAGUGAAACAUGUGCCUAAUAUCUGGAGAUACCUGUCAGACCACCAUAGUGACAUUUCUAUACUUGGCAUAAUACAUCCUCUGAUUCUUAGGAUCCAGAUACUGUAGGGUCCCAGGCCAUGUUUGAUCAAUGUGACUUGAAAAUCCAUGACCUCUGCUCUUGUUAAAUAACAACAUUUGCCCUCAGAUAUAAUUACCUAGGAAGUUACAUAGAGGUGAUGUGAACAUGUUUUCUUCAAUCACAGUCUAGUAACAUUUUAUUGCUGGGACAGCCUGUCCACUGGUUCUUUUAUAGUAUUAGAUUUAUUCGAUUUUCACAAAGCACCAGCGAGUUAAUUACUAUAUCAGUCAUUUUCAGUGAUCUGUCUCUGCUCAAAAUGAAUUAGCCAGGCUGUCACUUAUACAGUGUAUCUGUGCUCAUUGUUUCACAAUGGGCAUGUCAAUGCACAAAUGAAUCCAUGUAAAUAUUGAUACUCUGUUAUGAUGACUUACAAUCUAGCAUUGCAUCCAAUACCAGCAUGUGAAUUGACGUCUGUUUUCCUCUAUGACAUUCACUGUUUUUCAUCCCAUACGAUCGCUAUCUAUAUUUGUGAUUCUAAACUCAGAAUUUGUAAUUCUGUUCCCUAUGUUACACUGAGCAGAUGUUUAAAGCUUUCCCCUGAUCUUAUUUUAACAGAAUAAUGAUGUUAACUGUUUUGAAAAAUACACAGACACCAGUGAAGUUCUGGUUUUUGAAGAAUUAUUUGUCUCCUACUUUUAAGGUUUGUGUCACAAUUGUAUGAAUAUUUCACAUUUCUGCAAAGCUGCCAUGAAUGUACUUGACUUGCCUUUUGUAACAUUUUAACUAUUUAACUGUAUGGUAGAGAUAUAUUUGGACUAUUGGGAAGUAUUUAAGUUUGUUAUUCUUAAUUAUUUACCUACAUCAAGGUGGCAGACUUUCUUUAUUGUCAGUUAGACAGCUUGGAGGGUGCUUUUCCUUAUGUCCUUAAGCAGACCUCUACCGCUUCAGCUGGAAGGCUAUUCCAUGCGUCCACUACCCUCUCAGUAAAAGAAAAUUGUUGAUAUUAUUUUUAAACUUUUGCCCCUCUAAUUUAAGACACUGUCCUGUUGUUUUGGUAGUUUUUCUUAUUUUAAAUAUACAACCGCAGAAGGAUAAUGAAAUGCUUCAUUAGAAAAUAUUAAUACUGCAUCAGUCUGCUUUUCUAAUCAAUGUUCUUUUCUAUUUUUCCCCAGAACUUUAUCCCUUACAUGGCCAAGAAGUAUAAUUUCCAGUAUGAGCUAGUUCAAUAUAAAUGGCCUCGCUGGCUUCACCAACAAACAGAGAAACAGAGGAUAAUUUGGGGAUACAAAAUCCUCUUCUUGGAUGUACUUUUCCCUCUAGCUGUGGAUAAAAUAAUUUUUGUUGAUGCAGACCAGGUAAGUGAACUAAUUAGUCUGGUAUACUUACUGUCAGGUGAUUUGUUUGGGUGCCUUUUUUUAUGUUAACAGUAAUAUUAUGAUUGUCAACAUGUAACGGGUUAUUUUAUAACCUAAACACUGUGUCAGACUUGCUAGAAAUGCUCUAUUUUGCUAUUGAUAGCAAAUCAUUGUCGUCCCUGAUCUGUCUGUUUCAGGAUGUGUUACUGUGUUUAGCAAGUUUUGAUCACUAUAUUUUCAGAUCAAUGAAUAAAAUGCUGCAUUUUAGAACUUUGAUUGAAGAACAUUGUUUGUUUAUAUCGCAUACACUGCAUUUGUUGGAUCUGGCACCUGCAAGAAAAUCAAGGUGACCUGGUGUAUGGUGCUUUUUCAGAUAUAUUGUUGCUUUUUUGGUAGAUAGAGUAAGUCUUACAGGUGUGUGCUUAACUCCUUAAUUGUUCACAGUCUGAACCAAAACAAAACCUUGAAUUUGAGCUUCAGGGUAAUAUGUAUGUAUACCUAACACAACAUUACAUGUGAAUAGAAUGGGAAAAAUCGAUCUGUUCAUAUUUUUGAUUAUUUGCUAAAGUAAGAAUUUCAAAAGUUAAUAUCGAAUGGAAGGUCAAAAUAGCCGAACUGGAAGAAUUCUCCAAGUCAGAGGGGUUCCCAGAUCAGCUAUUUUGGCCUUAAAUUUGAAAUUAAUUUUGAAUUCACUUAAUUCCACCCCUCAAUCACACAUAUCAUAUUUUAUCCGCCUGUCUGUGAAACUACUUGCCAGGUAUGUGACCACUAGUCCGUUAUGCUUUUAGUUUGGCUACGCUGGCCUUGUGAAAUUUACUGUGAAUUCUCUGUUCGUGUUAUUUUAGCCACACACGUUGCCAGAAACCCCAAAGAAUAGUUAGAAUCAGAUUUAUAUCCUGUCUACAGGCUGUGUGGUUCAAAUGAAGAUUACAGGGGUGGUUAUUAAUCUUAAUUUGCUGAAAUUAGAUAAAUUAAGUAAACAAAAUGAACUGUUGACUUUCGCACUAAACAAUGAAAUAUUGCCAUAAGUUCACGCCAUAAUUAUUUUCCAUUGCAGCACAGGAGUCCCUAGGAGUUCAUACUGCUUACUAAAUUGUUUAGGGUUCAACAGAGAUUUUAGGAAAUAGAUAUUGUUGAGUUCCACAUUAACAGUCAUUAACCCAUCAUUCUCAUUUGACAGAUUGUGCGAACAGAUCUCAAGGAGUUGCGGGAUUUUAAUUUGGAUGGUGCGCCUUACGGUUAUACCCCAUUUUGUGACAGUAGAAGGGAGAUGGAUGGUUACCGCUUCUGGAGAUCUGGAUACUGGGCCAGUCACUUGGCAGGAAGGAAAUACCAUAUCAGGUAGACAGCCAGCUUUCACUUCAAUGAAUAGACAUUUAAAUCGUAAAAUAAUAAUAGUAAUUUGUACACAUAGCUGGAUCUCUGAUUCUGUUUUUACUACUGUGACAAAGAGCUAAUUGUAUUCCCUGAGGUUCUUUAAGUAUCCUUACAACUCCUCCUUCAGUACCACCCAUCUUGUUUCAAGGAAAAAAAUAAGCACAAACGGAAACCAUGUUUUAAAUGCACUUAAUAGAGGGCGCAUUAAAAUUUUUUAUAAAUUAAUUCUUCAUCAUACUAUGUGCACUAAUUGCCUAAUCUGCUAGGGAAUGAGAGAGAGAGUGUCUGUCUCUGUCUCAUUUGGAUGAAAUCAGAAAACCCCUCCUAUGCGGAGUCAGAGCUGAGCGACAGGCUUAUAGCUGCAGCAAUUUUUCCGAAUGUGAUACAGGAUAAUCUCUCUACCAUAAUCUUUGCAAUUAAAGUUGAUAUAAUAAUGAUUAGUGUCCCUCUAGUGUAUAUGUAAAAAUACCAUUAAUACGGGUUGUUUUUUUGUUGUUGUUUUUUUCCCCUUUUUCUUUUAGUGCCUUGUAUGUUGUUGAUUUAAAGAAGUUCAGGAAAAUCGCUGCUGGGGACAGACUUCGAGGACAGUACCAGGGGCUGAGCCAGGAUCCUAACAGCCUUUCCAAUCUCGACCAGGUUUGUGUUCUGAUUAAUCAUCCUGCACUAUCAGCAGCUUUGUUGUGGACAUCGUAACCUGCAAAAUAAAUUUAAUAUGAUCCAAUCACCGCUGUAAUCAUUUACGCGGGACAUUAUGGUAAAGCUGCCUAUUAGAACAUCUGAUGUGAAAAUUAUGCUGUAUGCUUUUGUAUUUUUGCCAAUAUAUGUAAGAAAAAUACAUCUUACAGUAGGAGGGAGACUACUUGUUUAUUUAAAGAGAUGUGAGCCAGGUUUGAUCCUACCUAAGGCAUGUUUUACAUUUAAAGGGACACUCAUGAGUUUAAAAAAGCCUUGCCUAAUUAAACAUUAAUAUAGCCGAUUAAUAUUUAAAUACCAAAACAUAGAAAAACAUAUUUUGUCUUCACUGUGUAUAAUAAGGUAUUCUCGGUUUUAUUGUCUGAUCACAUGACUGGAGUCUACUUUCUUUUUAAUAAACGGACUGCUUGAUCUUAUUGUGUGGAUUUCUUCUGAGAUGGAUUUACAGCAAUGUCUGUCGGUCUCUUAGAACCUUGUACACUUUUAUAAAGGAUUAGGCUCAUAUAUAUAUAUAGUUUUACAUAAUGCCCAGUGGAAACCUAAAUCUUGCAUAAGCUCCCAUUGACCCAAUCCACCUUCUAAAGAUCCUUGCAUGUUACCUGUCACUGUGUGGUUUAGUUUUUUUAACAGGUAUUUUUGUCGGUUUAAAUAGGACCUACCAAACAACAUGAUCCACCAGGUGCCCAUUAAAUCACUCCCACAGGAAUGGCUCUGGUGUGAGACGUGGUGUGAUGAAGCAACGAAGAAGAGAGCCAAAACCAUUGACUUGGUAAUUCUUUGAUUCUCUGUACUAAUGCUAUGUAAAUAGAGCAAUAUGGCAUUUUAAACCUCUGCUUUUUAAAAAGAGCAUAAAUUAAAGAUUUCCUAGCAAACGUAUAGAUCGGGAGAAGAAUCUAUUAAAAGAAACCUUUCUCCCACCUGUCAGUCAAUUCUUCAACAUCUGACUCUGUUCAACAGAAUUGACUGGCAGAGCAGAGGAGACAGGUGCAUCAUUUCUUAAUCUUAUGAGUUAAAAUGUUCUGUUUAAAAAUAAAAUUCUUGGCAUGUGUGCUCACAUUUGUUUUCCACAUGCUAGGAAAUUUAGUGAGCACAUUUUCUCCCAGUAGACUGUUUGGUGACAAAAAGCAAUAGUUUACUGUGUUUCUGACUAAGAAAAAUUAGGCUAUAUUCUAAAACAAUUCUAUCCCAAAACAUAAAAUCCCUAGAGAACAUUUUAUUUGUGGGAAAAAAGGAAAAAGUACCUUUUUGAACAUUGUUUACAGUAUGCAAUAUUAGGUAUUAACUGACCGACCAGGAAACAGCAAUUAUGCAUUUAUCCACAAUCCUCAUAUUUUGGUUGAAUAAUUUUAGCUAGAUUUACAUAUUUGGGCCUGAAAUAGUUUUUUUUUUUUUUUUAAGAUUGCAUAUAGGGAUCCUGAUUUUAUAACUCUCAGCAUACACUUAAAAUGGUUGAAUUCAUGUUCAUUACUUCUUAUUCUUCUAAAUUGUAAGUUUUUUUUUUUUUAUCAUAUUGCUCUUUAGUUUAAAGGUCACUUUAACCUUACCAGCAUGCACUUAGUGUUUUAGAAAUACAUUUUAAUAAAAGACUUGACAUGUAAGGGUUCUUCUUACAAAUAAAGCACCGUUCCAUGUCUUACCACUCAUCACUGAUUGUGCUCUUUAUCUUGAAGUGUAACAACCCAAUGACCAAAGAACCUAAACUAGAGGCUGCUGUACGCAUUGUCCCUGAAUGGCAGGAUUAUGAUCAAGAAAUCAAAAAAUUGUACAGCCAAUUCCAGGGGUCGACUACAGAUAUUCCAGUUGAUGGAUCUGACAGCUGGGCACAGCAAGACACACAAGGUAAAGAUCAUAUUCUCUUCUAUGUGUAAUAUUGUAACACCGUUACAUACGGACCUAGUGCCAUGUACAUAUACAGCUAUGGAAACAAUUAGGAACCAUUUCCCCCCCCCCCCCUUUUUUCCCCCUUAAAUCAGCAUCUUGACAUGUAUGGCAGACAUUUAAUUCCAUCGUCUGUUGAAUUGCUACACAGGCACACCUCAUUCUAAACAAACAAUGAGAAACUUUAAGAGUUGGUUACUGAUACUCUCCUUGGUUUCUAGCCAGUUAGACUCUUUGUAUCUCUUUAAAUCUCCUUAAUCCGUAAGAAAGGAAUAGCAUAUAGGGCACUUCACUGGCAUUUAAUGCCAUAAUGAUGGCUCAAGUAAACUAUCCUGCUGUGUGUCUCCUGUCACUCCAUUCAGAGACAGAUACGCUGGCAAUGAAGCCAGUGUCAGCACUGUAGAAGAGACAGAAUGUAUGUGUCAAAAAGUAGGAUUAAAUUAAGGUGUCCCAAAGCAAUAAGAUUAUAUAAUAAUAAUCUGUGAAGGAGACGGAAAAAAGUUAGUAAAAAUUUAAGUAGUGUAUUAAUUAGGUAUAUAUAUAUGUUUAAUUUAGGUAGUGUAUUAUUAUUAUUAUUAUGCUAUUGUUCAGCAAAUGUAUAUCCUUUUGAUCUGAUUAUUUGAGCCUUUUAUAGACUGUUACAUCACUGGUGCCUUUCCUACCUCUCACCUUGUUAUAUUAUUAUAUUUUUUUUGUAUAGUUUGUGUUGACAAUCACAUUCUUUGAACAAACAGUGUGUACUAAUAAUAAAGCUUUGCAAAGAGAAGGGUUAUUUUUUUUUCUUGCUUUGUUUGUCAUAUAUAUAAUUUAUUUUUAUUUUAUUUUUGCAGAUCCCAAAUCACAUUUGGAAUUAUGAUCUUCGAAGUCUUUGGGAAACUGGACUAUUUUUUAUUUUUUAUUUUAAAUAAGAAAUCAUUGUUUUGGAAAUUACCUGUUUUUCCCAAUUUUCCGGGAUGUCUGAAAAACUGCUGAAUGGUGUGGGUAAAAGGGGUAUUUAUACUUUUGAUGUGUGAUUGAGGAUUUUUAGCAAUUAUCAUCCUUCAGGUGCUGUGAAACAAAGGCCAUAUGUGUUGUAUAAUGCACAGUGUCCAGUUUUUCUGUGUGUACAUACAGUGGGCAAACAACUGUAUUAUGAGAUGGGUCUGUGUUCUCACAUUGAAAUAUGAAACCAAAACAGCAUUUGCUCAAGAAUAUCCUCUACCUGCUUGUUUUUGCAGAUAGUGCUGGUGUUUAUCAGAACUGACAUAUAUUUAUCAGAUUCUGAAUCCAUAACAGGCCUGUAAUUUGUAGCAUUGGUCUGCACAAAGUUUUGACUGACCCCUUCUACAUCUGGUUUUAACCUGGGUUUUGGCCCACAUUUAUAUCACCAUAGUAUUUUAGUGAGUCCCAAUGAUUGGAACAAACAUAAUGUAGAUUUCCAUUUGCACAUAAAUAGUUUACUGUAGUAGUAUGACUAUCUCCAGGAUAUUUUUAGUUUAAAGCGAUACUAUAGACACCAAAACAACUUUAACUUAGUAAAUCCGUUUUCAUGUAUAGAUCAUGGCCUUGUAGUCUGCUCAUUUUUCUGCCAUUUAGGAGUUAUAUCACUUUGUUUAUACAGCCCUAGUCACACCUCCCUGCAUGUGACAUGCUCAGCCUUCCUAAACACUUCCUUUAUUGAACAGUUUGUUUAAACUAGAAUGUCUUAUACCCUACUUUAAUAGCUUUCUAGAGCCUGUAGCGGCCUCCUGUGUGUGAGUAAAUUUUAAUUUACAGAGCCGGAGAUAAAAACGUCUAAAGCAAGUUAACAUCGGAUUGAAAAUUUAACCAUUUUUUUAUGCAGACUGUGUGAGUCAUGGCCAGGGGAGGUGUGGGUAGAGCUGCAUAAACUGAAGCAAAAGUGAUUUAACUUCAGGUGCAUGAUCUAUACACCCAAACUGCUUCAUUAAGCAAACGUUGUCUUGAUACCUAUUGUAUCUGCCACAUUAAAAGACCACUGUAGUGCCCUGAGGGUGCCCCCACCCUCAGGGACCCCCUCCCGCCGGGCUCUCGGGAGAGGAAGGGGUUAAACACUCACCUUUCUCCGCGCCGGACGGGGAACUCUCCUCCUCCUCUCCGCCUCUUCUCCUCCUCUUCGGCUGAAUGCGCAUGCGCGGCAGGAGCUGCGCACGCAUUCAGCCAGUCUCAUUUUAUUCUGGACGCUUGCGUCUUCUCACUGUGAUUUUCACAGUGAAAAGCACGCAAACGCCUCUAGCGGCUGUCAAUGAGACAGCCACUAGAGGCUUUCAAUGAGACAGCCACUAGAGGCUUUAGAGGCCGGAUUAACCUGUUUAUAAACAUAGCAGUUUCUCUGAAACUGCUAUGUUUAUAAAAAAAUGGGUUAACCCUAGCUGGACCAGACACCCAGACCACUUCAUUAAGCUGAAGUGGUCUGGGUGCCUAGAGUGGUCCUUUAAAUCCAUGCACAUAAUUUGGGAUGUCAAAAAAAAAAAAAAAGUUAAGAACCUCUGUCUUAUACGCAAGAGCAAAGUAAUGAAUAUGCCUAACUGUAUUCACACAACAUGUUUACUUAAAUCUGCAUACUCCAGAAAUACCUUCAAAAAUAAUUCUAUACUAUAAGAAUCCUUAUGUGCCUUUUCAUAUACUUGAACUGUUUGUCAUCUGUUUGUGUUUUUUCUUUUUUGAAAUAAUGGUUCUGCAGCCGGUCCCAGCCAUUUCAAGCCAUUUGAACCAACAACACUGUUUAAAAUAGAUCCAUCGUUCACAAAUAUGUGGCUUUUUCAGACAUUUAAGUGCAGUCUAAACCCUAUGCUAGGGCCAUGCUAAGGUAUAGAUUUAAUUUUAUUCUUAAUAAAGGUUUGCUUCCAUGAAAUGCACAGGCAAUACACAGUUCUGACAUAUUAAUCCCAGAAUGCUCUGUUCACAUCUUACUGGCAUGGCAGUAACUUACACCUUUACACAGACAUGUGUAGCACUCAAGUCUGUUAUGCAUGACUGGUUCACCAACCAUGGUAUUCCUAUGGUCCAGGUUUUGUCAGUAUUCCCACUUGGAAAUUGGAAACUGUUGGCGUUGAGGAUGGGAUUGGAAACUAGUGGCUUAGAGCGGAGGUUCUUAUCUUUUUUGACAGAGCCCAAAUGACAUGCAUAGCAUUAACUUUGUGUCCUAUAUUUUAAGUUUACAAUCUUUUCAGUGAACAAUUCAUAUGUUUUAUAAAGUACAAAUACAUAUAACAGUACAAAAUAAUACAUUUCUAGAAAACACCUGACUUAGACUUUUUCCAGUGUCCAAGUGGACCUCGCUGUAUUGGAAGAGGCAAUCCUGCUGCAGUAAUCCUUUUAGUACGGGCCGCGUCUACCUCCAGGGACUCAAUUCUAUGGAUAUUGACUCACGGAAACUUUACAGAUCAUGUCAGUAAAAUACAAUUUUCAGAAAUUGGCAGAAUAAAAUACAUUGUAAUUUUAUCUUUUCUCCUUUUCAUGUUUUAUCAUCUGUGAAUAACUAGCCUGAUAAUGAUAUCAGUGUUAUUUACAUGAAAAAAAAAAUAAGGUUUUAUGUUUGUUUCCCAUAAAUAGUCCAAUAUUUGCAUAUUAAUAUACUUGGACCAGCUAAGUUUGCCAAUUACAAGUGUGUAAUAAAAAACACACUAAUUGUUUCACAGUUUAGUGUAUCUAGGAGCCAUCAUGGAAUCUAAUUAAAGCAAUAUUCCAUUUUUUUAUAUCAUGUUUACUCGACUUGCGGUCAUGCAAUGUAAUAUUUCUAUUUUUGCUGGAUUUGAUUGAUUACUAUAGAUAUUAUGUAAUUUUAAUGAACAGCAGCAAUGUUACGACAAAUACUCUCGUUAUUGAGCAUUAGUUUUAUUUAUUUUUGUUUUUCUAGACACGCUGGGACUGGCUAUAGAUGUGGUAUUUCUGCUAAGCCUAUGGUCAUUUAAAUCACAGCACUUGAAACCGUAUCAAUGAGAUUACUUGAUGUUUACUAGGAUUACAAGCCGAACAUCUCUACAUCCUUCUCUUCCUCCAUUUACAAUGCCAUGUGCUGGUGUGGGGAGUAGACUUUAUCCUUCAGUAACUUUAAACAGUAUAUACAUUAUUACAGUGGACCAUUUUUUUUUUUUUUUUCAUUUUUGCUAGUUUACCUUGCAUAUGUACGGAGCUGAAAAUGUCCACUCGUCACUAGCCAAUGGCAAGUUAAAAUUUAGCCCUGUCGAAGAAAAUAUGCAGUGGACCCUUAAGGUUUGGCAAGUAACUUUUCAAGCCUGAAUAGUAGCAUAGGACUUGGAAUUUUACACUUUGUGUGUUUGUAAACACACUCACAUGUAUGCUGGUAGAGGAGCAGGGGAAAAAAUGUUAAACGGUCAUGCUUUCGGAGUAGAGGUUUCAACUACAGCUAUAGCAACGUGAUUGUCUACUGCUGGCUCGGCUCCUCUUCCAGCAUACCAAUAAAGGGAGUUGACUGGAUUAAUGAUGGAAGCUGCAAAUGGUUGCUGUGACCCAGGAAUGUAACUCCAGUCUGUCUUGAGCAGGUUUUGCACAGGUAUAUCCUAAAAACUAGGGGUCCUGCUUUGCACAAUGUCAGUCAUUCCCUGAACUGGGGAUUAAUGCACAAGGUAAUAUCAGACCUGUUUUGUUUAUUUUUAAUGUGACAUAAGGAAGCUUUGACUGUUAGUUUUAUUUUUAUACGACUUUUUGGGUUAUUUACUAGAUUGGAAUUUGUAUAGGAUUGACUAAUUUGAGGCUAAAAAAGUUAGCUGACAAAUUCUAGAAUCUUUUAUUUCUUGUCUAGUGCACCUAUUUUGGUUUACAAUUUUCAGUUUAAUUUUUUAUUCUCCACAGUUACCUGUUUGUAUAUAAUCCCAGAGUGUGUUCUGUGAACUGUUCUGACAAUGGUAUACCCACAUUGAUUAUUAAUAAAUGUCUGGAGUAUAAUCUAAUGCCAAUGAAGGCAGUUACACGUCAUUAGUACUUGUAAUUCACUCAGACUCAUAAUAACUUUGAGACGGAAUGUCACUGAUUUCCUGUGGACACUUUUCAUUCCUUUCCUUUUAUUAAAAAGGCUAAUCUUACGGAGUCUAAUGAAAUCAUUAGAACAUCUGCCGACACUUUCAGAGAUAUUUAAAACUGCUAUUACUCACCUGGCUUUUUUAGCUAGUAUUAUUCAGUCUGCUGCAUGUUGGCCGUAGAGGUAGCUUCCCAACUGUUAUCCAGGUAUAAUUCCCUUGAUACUUUGCCAGACCUAAUGCUGACGAGCAUCAUGGGAGUGGUAUUUUUAAGCAGCAGGGAAUCUACCUUUCCUAUGGACAACGUAUAAGCAUUGCGACUUGCAGCUAUGCUACAUGUAUACACUAUAAAUACAUUUUUGUGUUUGUUGUUUUUUUUUAAAGAAGAAUGUUAUUUCUGCAAUAUCUCCGGUACUGAGUAAAGAUCAACUGUAUCUUUGCCAAUAUAUGACAUUUUGAAAAGUGUACCCUGUCACAGCUUGUGUGGUGAGAGAAUUGUACUCAUAUUCUCCUUGUUAAGGAUAAAUGACUGUGUGUGUGUGGGGGGGUGCUAUUUACUAUGCUAAGAUGCCCUUAUUCUGCUUUAUCAGUAGAAUGGACCUGGUUAAAAUCAUUGCUAUCAUUUCUAUGUGAAAACAAUGAGAGCAUUUUUCUAGAUAAACAUAUGAUAUUACUUCUGAUCAGCUUGCAUGGUUCAGAUUGAUACAUGCAAGUUCCGGGGCUGCCAUUCUUUUUUUAAACUUUCGUAAAGAGGAGGAAAAAAAAAAAGAAUAGUUUACUGAAACUGCUUCUGGUGCUCCUCCUGAGGCUUUUUUCUAAGUGUACUGUACCGGUAAUCAAAUUCUGUUCAUAUAAUCCCUCAUUACUGGAGAGAUGGCAGUAAAGCAAACAGGCAUCCGUGAUCUGAAAUAUAUACUCUAUGUAAAUAACAAUCACAUCCCUUUUUUAAAAAAUAUGUUCUUGCCAAAACAAUCUCAGAUUUUCCACAGAUUGUCAGGACCUUCUUUGUAAUUGACAUGGGCCGUGGCUAGCUGCUGAGCCUUUACUGCAUUAUUAGUGUUCAGGGGGCAUUGAGUGCGAUCCACCGCUCAACCUGGGGUGUAUGGAGAACAGGAAUUUUACAGAUAGCUCAAUAUGUAGUUUUCACAGCCAUCCCCAGACGUUUCAUAGAUCUUAAAUAAAAAGGGUGCGGGGAUGAAGUAGUUUUGGUUUGUAUUUUUUUAUGGGGCUCGGGGAUUUGCUUACAAUGUGUAAUUAUGACAGUUGUUUUCUGUAUUUUGAAGGAACUGUCCCAAAUAUAUUUUAAGGGUUUUCUGUGUCUGUGUAGCAGGUUGGAAGUAAUUUGCCAAGUAAAAGUUUUUUUUUUUUUUGGUUUUUUUUUUUUACAAAGUGUUCCGUGUCAUAAGGCAGCAGGUAAUCACUGCAGACUAUAUAAGGGAAUCUUCGCAUCGUCCGUAGAAUCAGAGUAUGCUGAGCUCUCAGUAAUGGUAUAAUCGCACACACCUGCAGUGCAAUGCAAGCCUUACAGUGCUAAUGAAUGCUGCUGGCAAGAAUACCAAGGAUCUUUGGCAGUAUCCAGCAGGUCCUCGAUUAUCCAAGGUUUUGCUGACACAGCUGAUGGGGUGUAAUAUAACCCAAACGUGCUUUAUUAGUAUAGCUGCUCUCGGUCACAAAGGCACUGGGUAUAGGAGCUGUAUAAUAUGAUUUUUAAACAUGCUUUUCUACAGUGUACCAUCCAUCUCAGUAUGCAGUACACCAUACUGGGUGUGAAUUGUCAAAGUAAGUAAUUUUCUGAUUGCAGGCCAAAAUAGGUGAAUCGGCAAAGUCCGCACUGUAUCCAUUCAGCUCUCUUGGUCUUGUGUGAAAAAUUCACUGUUUCCAACAAUUCACACAUUGGUUAUUCAACCAAGCAAUAACAGAAAUUAGCUAAAUAUGUGAAGCUCUAGAAAAUGUAGACCCAAAUAUUUGUUUUCUUUGCAUAUUUACACUAUUAGGCUGUUUGAGGGGGAUAGGUGGCCAUUGCAGACUUUUUGUUUUAAAUGCAUUUGAUGUAAUAGAUUCAGCUGUCAGCCAGUGAUCUCAGCUAGUAUAUAAUUAUGUAUUUUAAAAACUGCCUUAACAUAAGCCUAGUUUAUUUUCUGACACACUGAUUUUAAGCCAAACAGUGAUUCUACAAUCAGGCUGUUGGCACCAAUGGAAUACAUGUUGGAUCUGAUUGUGUGGCUCCUAUACCAAUUUUUUAUUUUUUAUAAUAUAGGCUGUAUGGGAGUACAAUGUCCAUUCACCCGUUUGGUCUCAUAGAAUAUUUUUUUUUUUUUUUUUUAUACAAAUUAUAUCUUCCUAUUCAUGUCCCUCAUAUCUGUAUUUUGAUACUUGGCAGUGCUUGUAGUGUGACCGCAUUAGCGGCUCCCUUUGGUGAAUCUCAACCUUUAUCUGCUUUAUUGAUGUGCUAAUAAUUUGUAGCUAUGUAUAAGGUUCUGCAUGUUUAGAUGAUCAGAGUUUAGCAUAAUGCCAUCUUAAUGGAUAUUUAUGUAAAUUUGCACUAAUUAGUUUGGUCUUGGGAUGAGGUUAAAAAUAGAUCCGACAAAUUCCUCUUUUAAUUUCUUGCUUGAAUGGAUUUGUAUCCCAGGUCAGUGUUAACAUUUUCUGUUAGUCAGAAUAUCCUGUAUGGACCCGUCUAUUUUACUCUCUAUAUCCAGAGCUUUGAUGCACCUAAGAGCUAUUUUGUUUGGUGUUAAGACCACUAGAGAUUCAUAAUUGGACUAUAUUUGUCAAAAUAUCUACAUUUAAUCCCUUAAUGACUGUAAAUUUAGCAUUUUGGUUAUUUUUCUUCCAACUCUUAUGAUCAAUUUUGGACUAAGUCUUAAAUUGACUAUGGUCAGUAGCCUAUAAGUAAAGAUUACAUGUGUGUCAAUGCUUUUUUUUGUUUUGUUUGUGUGAUUUUUUUUUUGUUAUUAUUUCGAUUGCGCAGUAUAUUAAAUUAAGUAAACCUGGACUGUGUUAAAAAAACAAAAAAAACACAAGAAAUGUAAUUUACCAAUACUGUAUCAGUAUAACUUUUUACAGAGUUGUAUUAAAGGGAAACUGCCACAAGUAGGGUUCUACCCUUUCGUCACUGUAGCUCUUAUUAAGACUAAAUCCCCAGGUGGAUUUGGCCACUCAACUGCUAACCAGUAUGUGAUUUUUUUUUUUUUUUUUAAAUUUGUUAAGAUCAUUGCAGCAAAUCUUCCCCAUUGUAAAUAUCUAAUCUCAACAAUUAUUGUGCAAGAUUUCUGAUGCAAAGUACAGAUUCAGAUUAUUGAUUAGUGAUAAUGUCAAUAUAAUCUGUUCCAUCUCUGCUAAUGUAAAGAUAGCCUAACCAACUGGUCAUUUUAGUGUUUGAGAGCUUAAGAAUUUAAAAAAAUAAAUACAUUUUUAUUUGGGCAGUGGAAUGUCCCUUUAACAACUAUAGGAUUUGUAAAUCAACAUUAAAUUGCUUGUGAAUCAUGUGGCUUUUUAUACAAAUCAACUUCUUGCCUGUAACAUAACUAUCUUAACUAGCUCAAAAGUUGGUACGAUAAUUUGAAUAAAAGGCCUUGCUGUGCUUCAAGAAACGACAGGCUACAAAUAAUGAUAUUUUCGUAAUUAUUUUUAAUUGCAACCUACAGCUUUAAGUUCAUUUUUAGUCUACCAAAUUUGUUAAAAAAAAUAGAUCUAAGCCUUGGACAGAGAUUUGCUGAAGACCAUUAUCAGUAAUUGUUCUAUUUCCUGUGUAAUAUCAAGACUUGACAUUCUGUAUCCCAGAGAUCAUUAAUGCUAUAAAAAGUCCCCUUGCCUUACCUUGCCUUGCACAACUGGAUGUAUGUAUUCCUAUUUGCUUAAAGAGAUUUUGGGAUUUUCCCUGCAUCGUCCACAGCAACUGAUAUUUUCUUUUCAUCCAUACCUUCCUUAGAAUGUGUGGAACGUUAUGGCUGCAAAUGGAAGGGACAGAUACUGGGUUAUACAUGGCAUAGUUCUUUGCAUUAUGUAUAAUAGCUUUAUAAUGAUUUGUGUGAAUUUUGUACUGCUUGGAAUCAAUAGUUCUUAAUUUGAUUAAAAAGAUGAAAUAUGUUUUUCA